AAUGGAGUGAAAUUUGGGGAAAGCUGCUGAAUGUCAGCUCACAGUACAUUACGACAUAGAGCUUGUAGUGGUGACACACACACACACACACACACACACACACACACACACACACACACACACACACUGACAGACAGACAAACUCACACAGACGCACAAGCUCCUAAUUCUGUGUCCUAAUUCAUGUCAGCAGGCCAGCCCCGCUGACAGACAGUGGCAGCAUGCAUGCAGGUUUUUGCUGCAACAUGCGCCAAGAGCCAUCUGUCCUGCAACAGGGAGAGCGGCGUAGAUUAUGUGAGAGAGAGAGAGAGAGAGAGAGAGAGCGAGAGAGAGAGAGAGAGAGAGAGAGAGAGAGAGAGAGAGCAUUACGCACACCCUGAUCCUCUCCACACAGAACCAGUGUGGCGCACAGACCAGCGGCAGCCCUCAGAAAGUGGGAAGUUUUCGCCGAAGGAUUCUGUCUAAAAUUUAAUCUCCUUCAUGUCGACUCUGUUGGAUACUAACCCGCCGAUGCUAUGGUUACCUUUAUUACGGUGAGAACCUGCUUUGAUUUAUUCUCAUUUCUCGCUUCAUUGAGGGUUUCUUUUUCUGUCGCUGGAGAACAUUUUGGUUUUCAAAAAAUCACCAAACGACAGAGUAAAGUUUUUAAAUAUGAUUAAUCAGAAAGCAUAAAGUCAGUGAGUUAUCCUUACUGCGCUCCUGAUUCUGUGAUUCCACCGCUCCGGAGCUGGUGGAAUCCCUGUUGUAGAAAAAGCUUCAAAAAGUUUUGGAAACUGGAUUUUGCAUCACGGUGAGUCUCCUGAAUUGUAUCUGAUGGAUCCAGAUUAACUUCUAACACCUUUAAAUAAACGAGGAGUUGCAUGAUUUGCCCGGUGAGUUAUUUACACUUUAGCUCUGGCAGGUAAAACAAGGUAGAAUGUGAGACGCCGCGCGCUGCCCGAAGGCAAACAGGAGCGGACAAACUCACUUCUCCUCUCGGUGUGUGUGUGUGCACAGGUAGAGAGGAAGGGUUGGGUCUUUCUUUGCAAAGCUCGCUUACGCACACUAUCAUUAGAAGUCUUGCCGUGUUCUCGUGCACACACACAGGAGUCUCGCUCUUGUUCUAAGGCGUGUUGGAGGGAGCGGAACUGGCUGAGUGCGCACGGGAACGCUCAGAUGUGGUUCAGCAUGUAGUUUUGGAUUACUGACGCGCAAAUUGUUUUUUUUUUUUCUGUGUUUGUGAGAGUGAAAGCUGAGACUUCAAGGUUGACUCCCAACACGGAGGAAGAUGCAGUGAAUACUCGUGCAGUUUUUCCACCCAGUGUGCAUACGUGCAGAGACAGUGUUGUGGAGAGAGUGAAGCGUGUCUGUGCGCACAGAAGUCCACUCAAACGAUUCCUGCGGGGGGAUGAAAUGUUCCCUUUGUAAUUUCUUUGCAGCCUCUUCUUUUGAACUGCAAAUAUCAUUCAGAAAAAGCAGUUUGUGAGUUUAAAACACGUAAAAGCUGACGGUUCAAGUUACUGAAGGAAAAGAAACCAGCGAUAUAAAGACAAAUAUGAUUCCAAAAUCAAACAGAAAUUACUUUUCUUGUAGUUUUCUGUAGUUGUAGAUCGUAUCUUCAUAUUUGCACCUUUAGAUACGAUCUACAACUUUAUUUUUAUAACCCACCUAAAAGGUUAUGUUCCCCAUUUAAUGACCAGAAUGUGAAUCUUUGGUACCGUUCAGUGGAUCGGAGCCAGAUAGCCCAGUAACCCAAAAAUGCACGUGCUGUGUCCAACCCUAUGUGUGCGCGCGCGUGUGUCCAGUCUCCUAACAGACCUUAACAUGCAGAAAAUCACGCGCACUGGUCCUCUUCUUUCCACUCUCUGACAUGACAUGUGCUCUGUUCAGCUCCGGAUAAUGGCGCGCAUCAGUGGGCGUCCCGAGCGCCUGGUGGAUGCUUUCCCUGCUGCUGCUGUGGGAGUCCACUAAUGUGUGUGCGUGCAUGUGCUGGAAGUGUGUGCACGAGGCUGCCAAAGCAGCUGUUGCAGCAGCGGAUUUGGAGUCACAGCCUUUUUUUUCUGAUAUGCAGGGACUCAGCAGGAUGAGGGAGGCCGGAGCUCAGUUUGUGGGUACAAGAGGCGAAAAAAGGCCUCCAGGGUGUCCCGAGAGGAGCUCCCUGGGUGUAUUUCUGAGCUCUCUUUGCUGCAACAGGAAACUUUUACAAUGUUUGGUUCAGUAGGAAAGAGAGAAGUCAAGCGGCUGGACUCCUGACAGUAACAUUAAGUAGAUAAAGGUGGGAGCGGGCAUAAUGUCUCAGAGGCGGUUUCACAGACUGAUAAGGUUACAGCGAAGAGAAACUGAUGUCCCUUUUGGCUCUGCAUUCCUACCUUCCUGUGUGUAAUCAACUCUGCUCAGCUAUCAGCUUUUCUUCUCUCUUCUUGUACCUGUUUUACUUGUUGUCCCAAUUUCUUCACUCCGUGUCUGAGGAGUUUGGAUGGAAGUGAAACUAAUCACUGCGGCAAAUUCAUUUCAUUUAAUUUUCUUGUAUAUUAUCCAGCUUUGUAGCCGGUUUUCUUGGUAGACAAUGUUCUUGGAAAACUUUCUAGAAAUGUCUAGAGACCUUCUGCAUUUAUCAUUUUCACUCUUGUUAAAGUAAACAAAGUCAACAACAUCCUACUGAACUGGCAAUCAUCCCAAGCUUGAUACUCCUCUGAUUUCUCCCUGGAGUUUCCUUCCCUUCUCUCGUGUAACAGCUAAAACUUUCUGUGUUUCCAAGUCACCAGCAGGGAAGCGUCACUAGGAGGCGCCUUUGCUUUGGUGCUUGAGUUCAGUUUGAGCGGCGCUCUCGCUAUUGGCCGAGAUUUUAUGUUUAAGUGCGUGUGAGGACUGUUUACUCAUGUUUGAUAAAUUAACAGCCAAACAACCGGGCGGAGUAAGGUUGGUGUGGAGUUGAGUAUCCCUAUCUAGACCGAGAUACACCGACCCAAACCAUAAAACAUGGUCUAAGGAGACUCGCUAAACAAUAUUUCCUCUUUCUUUAAAUAAAUCUGGGACACUUUAAGAGUGAGUUUGCUUGAUCUGAAUCUCAAAUAUUCAUAUCUAUCUCACCCUGGAGCCAGAGACGCUUCAUUUUGGCAGAUUUUCCGCUGAUAGAAAGUCAGACGUAGCUUGUAGGUGUUACUUUUUACACAGUCCUAUCAUCAUGAAACAGACAGAAACUUCAACCUUUACAGAAAUUCUCUAAGGCUGGCCACUUAGCUCCUCCUUUAGCCCCGUCAGGAUACAUUACCUGUUGUUACCGUAGCUGCAGUUAUAUUUUUAUUUACCGCUUGCAGUUUUGAGCCCAGAUCAGGUUUUAGUAGUUAAAGUCCUGGUUGACGAUCUGAGAAACAGUUGUAAAAAACUGAGCCGUUGAGGCAGAUUUGAAAAAAGCGUCCCAACCCACACACAAACCUCUCCCCUCUGUGCUCCAUGAUAACUCCCCCCUGAACCUCUAUCUCCCUCCCACGACACAUCCCCUCGGACAGAGCAAGAAGCCGGCCGGCAGAAGAUCCUACGCUAGCUUCAAAUAGGAUUCACCAUGUCGGAUUGCUUGUGACUAGCGGCAGUAAACGCCAGCUCUGCUAGCGAGCGCCGUGCAGCUGCCUGGACAGCUACCGUGUUGACAUUGCAGAGACUAAUAAGAGUUAUUUAUGUAACAUGUGCCACGAUAAAAGGCGAUAAAAAUUAUCGGCGUCUGUUUCAGGCUAAGUAGCUAAGCUGCUACGCUACUUUUAGCCACUCAGAGUUCCGAGGAGGGCCGAGAGAGUGGGAGGGGACGAGUCGGAACUACGGGAGAGGGGUGUGUCCAAUACAGCGAGGUGAUUGGAUGGAAAGGCAGAGCAGGAGAUUGACCAAUAGGAGCUGUCCGGGAUGGAUGGCGUGAACAGAUUUAGGGUGAACAGAUUUUGUCUAUUCUUUUUUCUCUUCAAUUUGCGGAGAUCACUCUAUAGGACCAUGAUCGCCAUAGAAACGAGGUUCAUAGUAACUACCAAUCUCUCCAAUUGCUUACACUGGCGUUUGUUUACAAGGAAAUCAUCAGUCAUGUUUACAUGCUACAGUUACAGCUCGAUUAGAUGAUUUAACUGGACUGCAGUCUUGUCCCAGUUCAGUCCGCCUCCUUAAAAGCAUUACAGGUCCUCUUUAAAAGGUCACAAUCCACUCAGAGACUAAAAUCAGCUCCACCUGUUUGAAAUACCGGAGCAGAGUUUUGUGUGUCGGCUGUUUUUUUCGAUGUAAACAAGCAAGCAGAACCUGUCUUCAACCCAACGCCACGGCUGUGUUUGUUGUUGUUUGUAAUCUAAAGUUGGGCAAAGUUGAGCCCUUCAGCAAUAUUGGCUGCUGUUCGUGCCAGUCUGUAGUAAGUCCUCCCAAACACACAGAGUCAGAGGAAACACAAUGUUUUACUAGGCGGGUGUUUUUCCUGAUAACUUGAAAUUUCCAGAUGAUUUACUCUGCAGCUGCAUCUUUUCAGGCGUCCAAGGAGGUUUCACUCUGUCCUGAAUAACCACCACUGUUUUAGUGUUGUGUCAUACAGUCAUGAAAAUAACUUUGCUCUUAGAAGUUUACUUGUCAAGUGGAGAUUUAUAGGGGCUCUUGUGAUUUAGUGUUUCUAAUGGAGGAUAAGAUAGUAUCCCUGUCCUGUAAUAGUGGUCGCUGAUCACAUGGAGAGCAUAAGCCGGACGGUUAAAGAGGAAAAGGCAGUUUGGGUGGGUCCUCUGUGUUACUCAUCACAGAUGUUUCAUUCAUCUGUGUUCAUGACACCUCCAGAGGGGGACCGGCUGGAAGCGCUCGUGUCCCCUGGGCUCUCUGUUCUGGAAAUCCCUGCUCUUAACAUGUGAUGUUUCACAUUUUUUCUCCUCUCUCCAUGCUGUCUCAUUAUGUGUCAUUAGGUUUCCACAACAGGAAAUCCAGUUCUGUAACUUCCCUCCAAAAAACAAAAAAAUAUCAGAGUGAAGCGAUGUGUUUAACUCAUUCAGGACAUUUUCAGUAAGGCUGAUUUUCAAUAUAAAGAGUAUUUUCACAGGGUUGUUGGCCAGCUCAGCUUCUUUGGUAAGAAACUAGAUGAAAUGUUGGCUAGGAUAGCAACUGUAGCUCUGAUAGGACCAGGAUUACCACUGGUGAAUGACGUGGACUGCAGUAUCAUGUGAGCAACAGGUGUUCUCUGCUUCCCGACGGUUCUGAGACACUGUCAUGACCAAAUUCCAUCCAAGACAGCAAGUAGUCUAACCGGCAAUUUCCACUGCAUCCGAAACGGCUACGAAAAGGCCGUAUCUGCCGAUCGUAACCUUUCAAGUUAACGUGUCAAUUUCCGCUGGCCUCUUUUCGUUCCACUGCAGAUCGCCGGACUCCACAGCUGAUCGCAAGAGUUCUAUUUUUUCCGGAUGCCAGAGCAUGCCGGAUAAAUUCAGCACAGAUUAACCCGUGCUGGAGAGGAAGUCGGGCAAAGACACAAAAUAAAACAUCCGGCUUCUUUUCAAAAUAAAAGCUGGUCGUAUUUCACACCAUGCAAUUGGGUGGGGACAAACAAGUAAAAGGUUUUUAGAGGUCAUUUCAUCCCGACGACACCAUCGAUGAGAGGAUGCUGAUUUUAUAAGUCUAGAAGUAGAUUUGAAUCUGCAGGUUCUUGUGAUUCCUGCUGUCUGAAAUCCGCCAUGAAAUUCGCCUCACAAACAGAUCCAGUAGAAAUUGGCAUACUGUGAAAAUUGCUGCCAUUCCAGAUGCGGUGGAAAUCCCGGGUUAUGGUUUUCCUUCCCUACAUUUAGUCUCUUUCUUUCUCUGUAAUCUAGCGUGAAAAAGUGUCCAAACAGCAUGAAAUCAGCACCAUCUAAAUCAAUCAUUAUUCAAUUUGGUUGCAUUUUUGUGUCUUUGAAGACUGCAGACCCAAACAGCUGAUCAAUAAGUGGAAAAGCAUGUCUGUGCACCACACUGAGGAUAACGCCUUGGUUGGAGUUUGUCCAAAUUAGCAAAAUUACAGGGUUGACAUGGCCCAGUCUUUAGUGUUUGAUGAACUUAUGAACAAAUAUCCAAGCUAGCAUCCCCUUUAGGCUAACACACCUUGUAGAAGACUUAAGUUUGACACUGUCUUUGUUUUUCGCUCCAAAAGUGGCUGUAGUGCCAAAAGUAGAGACAUUUUCUCAUGGAUUUGUAUCUUUUCAAUCCUAGGGGGCUCCCAAUUACAGUCUUCUGUCUUAACACAACACUCAGAGGAUGUUAGUAAGAGGGGGGGGCAAAAGGGGCCCCCAAGCCCUCUAAUGGGUGACUCCGGCCCUGCUAGCGGCUUUUUCUGGUUGAAGCUCAGAGGGUGAAAUUCACUCACAUCAUCCAAAUUCAUGAAAAGAUAUCUCCGCUCUGUUUCAAGUCCCUUUAAAUGUCGUUACAUGAAUCUUCACCCUCUUAAAUAGUCCAUAUUCAAGAAGAGCAGGAAAACCGAUCCCUGACAAAACAGUCGAGCAGAUUUUUCAGACGUUUUAGGUUUUCCUACAUUCACAGGGAGGCUGGGAGUGAUUGUGUAUCUGCUGCGCUCUGAAACCUUGCCGCUAGAUGCCACAACAUUCACAGUCAUUGUGAAGGCGAAAUAAUUUUUAGAUUAAUUCAAAGGGAAAUAUUAGACGUCAGCAGUGUGGGUCAGUCUUUAACUGAGGGAUUCACCCUCUUCAUUUCUGUAGAGAUGUUGUGUUUGAAGGAAAUGACUCGAUCCGUCCCUCUCCGAGAGUCAAAGUCACUUUUAAUCGCACCAUUGGCAAAGGAGAAGAAAAUACUUUUCAUCCUACUACUUUUCAACUUUUCAUCCUAAUAAACGACUCUGACUCACAUUGUGCGUGAUAACUCUGCAAGGCUACAAAUCUAAUGAAAUCAUAACGGUUAUAGAGGACACUUGACUUAAAAUCUCUCAUUUGCACACAGGUACAAUGCCAAAAAAACUGUCAUAAAGAACAGAAAGUCAUCUCUCAUUGCUCCUAACCACUUAACACAUAAGCACUUACAGGUUGUUUCUGCUUUUGAAGACACUGAAGGGUUUUUAUAGUCAAAGUUAAGUGGAGCUCAAGUGCUGCUCGAGGAGAUGUGUGACAAUGUGCUGUUUGAGAGACCACAGGAGUCGAGAACGGAGAGGAGUCUGAGUGUGUGCAGAGCAGGAUCAGGAUUUCUGGGUGUUUUAGUCGUUUGAAUUUAAAUAACAAGACUUUGCUUUUUAACUUUCAUAUGUCAGAGGAUAGAGGACAUAUUUAGGAUUCUUUCCACCCUUUCUCUGCUUCAGGUCGAGGAUCAAUCUGCUCCUCUUUCCUAUAUGGUUUCACUUUCACCGCCUGGCCCGCUCAGACAUGGUUUACACAUUUAGCCGAGUGUUUAUACUCCGCACAUUCUUACAGCUGCUGAGAUGAAAACAUGUUGGACAGAUAUGGGUUAGUUUGCUCCGUGGAGAAGAAAAAGCAACGUGUGCAGAAACACAUAUACAUGUCAGGACGCUCAUUUGGAGGAGUCAUUCCUCUAACCUCUAACCUAAACUGUUUACAGCUCUAAAUCUCAGCUCCGCUCGCUCAAAAAGGGAAAGUCUCCCUCUGCGUCAGCGUCGUUGUCUUUCCAAAACAGUCCCAGACGGAGCAGAUAGAGAUCAUGCAGCUUCAAGGUGACGCUGGGCCUUCCCAGCAGCUCAGUCAUAUGACAGUCCAGCCCUCCUCUCUCUCUCUCUCUCUCUCUCUCUCUCUCGCUCUCUAAUCUGCCUCACUGUCUCUACGAUUUUCUUUAUCUCCCUCACAUUCACCAUCUGGAUCUUUACGUCCCUCAUUCGUUUCCCUGUCUUCCUCUCUCUCUAUCUCACACUCUCCCCUCCCAGCAUGCUUUUCUUCCCACUCUCUGCAUUAAAGGUAGUCUCAGUGACCUCCUGAUAACAUCCCCAUCCUGAUACACCGAUAGUGUGGAGGAUCAGAUUCCCGGGAAGUCUAUUUUUCAUUCUCUUAAACCCUCUGAACUCUGUGCAUCAGUUUAUUUUAUAUCCCUUUGUUAGAGGCCUGCAACUUUAAGGUACUUUUAUAAACGAAAACUCAAGUCUAGUUCUUCUCAAGAUCGUUUUUUUACCUGAUAGAAGUGAACAGAGACGAGCUGAAGCUGCUUAUGGAUGUAACACAGGACCUGUGCCGGAUUUUCAGCAAGCGUAGAUGUUCAUGUAAUUCCUCAGCUGCUAUAUCACACUGUGAAUGACUGUAUAAACUAGGGCUGGGCGAUAAACUGAAAAUUUACCGAUACUGAAAUUUAUGACAAUAACCGACAUCAUUUUGCCCGUAUCGGUAUAUUCUGUGUCAAAAUAAAUAAAUAUAUCAAAGUUGGUUUUGUAUGUGUGUAGGUAGGCUAUGGUCUCAUGUCCCUUUAAGACUUUACAUCAGAGACGUGACUCCACCCCAUCCAGUCUGUAACAAAGAGGGAAAGACAGGUGAGGAGAUGGAGGACGGUUCAAAAGUUGUAGCAGCUGAAGUAGGCGAAGUCAAUGUGGGAGGGGGUGAGCAGCUUGUGGAGUAGUUAUCGUCCAUUUAUCGUUAUCGAGGUGAACUGAUCAAUAUAUCAUGAUAUUGAUAUGAGGCCGUAUCACCCAGCCCUAGUAUAUACUAUAAACAACUUGGCUCCACCUUCCAGCAUUAUAGGAAUUUGAAGCCGAAUCGUACUCUGUGUUUCCAUGAUUUUCUUCACUUCCUGGAACCACCGCUUGCUCAGUAGCAUUGUAUCCAUUUAGCUGUGAUGACACUCUGCUCAAACAGCGUAUCCCCCGGUUGAGCUAUGCAAUCUUUCCAUAGGCUGUACCAGGUGUCAAUCACAGAAAACAUGAACCCCCUAAUAACUUUUUGAAACGGAGCUGUACAGAAAAAAAGAGGACUUGAGCACAAAACAGUCUGACAGUGACUACAUGUCAACAUCACAACCAGGGGGGGCGAAAGAUUUUAUAUUCUGUGUUAUAAAUUUCUAAAGUUUGUCCACAAAGGAGGCGGGAUUUAUACCUAUACUGCAGCCUGUCACCAGAGGGUGCUGUUCUCAAGGUGGCUUCUCCCAGUGAGGAGGCAGACGGCGUCCAUUCUAUAAACAGUCUGGUGAUGGUCAUGUCACUUCCUUUGGAUGUACUGAAUCACUAGAAUCAGUUCACUAGAAUAAUUUGUUUACCGAAUCGCGGACUCAUUCAGCGCUUGGCGGGAGGAGCUUGCGACUCCGACUUCCUGAACUGAAUACACACAACUGAUACACGGUUAAGGUUUUUCUCCAAGGUACACUUGAACACAACACACCCCUUUGUCCCUCCGUCGUUCCUGUCAAGAGCUUUCUACAGCUGCUGAGUCUCACUCUCCUCUCAUCACUACCAGUUUGUUUAAUUGGGAACUAAAUCUGUUAAGACAACGGGGAACAACAGUCACCAAAGUGUAUCCCUCACUGAGUGAUUCGUUCACCAAGUGAUUGAGGCGUCCCUCCCUCCCUCCCUCUCUGCAGCAGCACGCCGGCUGCUUGCCUGGAAAUGCUGCGUGUUAUGGCGGCUGCGCUGCUGACAGCUCAACUGAACUGAGAAACGAACGAAUCACUUGAGGAAGUGAUUCGGUUCAGUACGUUCACUGAAAAGAUUCGUUCUUAGUGUUGUGAAUCAUUUGCGAACAACACAACACAAAUACAGUCUAUGGUUGUGACCUGCACGGUAACGAAGUCACAGUUAUAUGUGAACCCGUCGUGCCUCGUACCUCUUUGUGAUUUUUUUGGAGGUGUUUACUCUUAAAAUGAAAAUGCACAUUUCUUAGCGUGUCAUUUUCUGUCACGUGGCGUAAAGAUGUGUUUGUCUUCAGGCCAGACUUCUUUGAUUUCUCUUAUAUAACUUCUUAAAAAAGAUGUUUUUCGUUAAAAGUCUUGACAGCAGAGAGUUUAUGAAUUUAAAGCACAUGUUGUUUCAGAAGAUGAAUGUUUGCAGUGAUUGAAUCUUUCUGUUUAGCUGUGAGCUUUCACCACAGGGAUGAAGUUAAAACUACAAAUCGAACAUCUUAAUACGGUCUGACUGACACUGUCUUUUGUGUUAUCACAGCUCAGAUUAAAGGGAGUGGCCAUCUUCGUUUUCUCCGUAUAGAAUAGACGUCUAUAGGUGACACCUGUGCGGACUGAUGUCUCACUGUCAUCUUUGAUAUUUGAGCUCACAGAUGUUGAGACAGCCUGAAGGUGAAACCUGCUGCUCACACACAUCCAUCCAAUCUGUUCUUGUCCCCUCUUUUGGUUAAACUCGAACCCUGACAGACGACGAAUCUUGACUUUAAUCUUCACCCUGAAGAUCAAAUCACAAACCCUACUCGAUGAGGCCCCUGGAGAACGGAGAUGAAACGUUUCUAAACCCGUGAAGUCUCUUUAAAACAUCUGAUGUCGAAAUUUACCCCAAACAAUAAUCGAUGGAGAUCAGACAUGCUGAGACUACAACAUUUGUUUCAUGUAUUGUUUGAUCCGUCGCAGAUGAUGGUCUUAAAAGAGAGGACUGACAGUGCUGGAACUGUGUUUUCAUGUGGUCGGCAUGUGAGACUAAAGUGCUUGAUGGGCUCAGAGGAUGAGACUAAAACUAACCAGAUCAAACCCUCCCACUAAUUAAAGUCAGGGUAAGUUUCCCGUCGUCCUCACUUCUCUCAUUGAAAUUCUGGCCGAACCAAAGAAGCAACACAAACAUGAUAUUUUGUCCCCGUCUUGGACUUUUGAGUUUUUCUCUGACCCUUAUCAUUAGCUCUGUUAGCAGCUAGCUCCUUUAGCUGAUGUUAGGGGAGGGAGUCUCUGCCAAUCUCAGCAGGACGGCGUUGGUCACCAGUUACAAACACCUAUCAGCUCGUUUAGCGGCUCAUUAGCUCUAUUGGUGCUAAUUUACAAAGAGGUUCAUGUUAGCCUCCUUCAUCCUAAGUGAGUUUACAGAGUCCUCCUCUGGGUUUGGACGCGGACGAAUGAUAGUAGCUCAUCUGAGAUUGCAGGUACAUCAAAAUGCAACAUAAAAAUGAUGUUUACUCGUGUCCUUAUGUCAGUCUGAAGGUCCUCAGGUGGAGCGAUGGAGGGCAAGAAAGCUGAGUAUUUACCUGGUCAGAUGUAGGAACGUACCUAAAAUACUUCUGCUAGCUUUGUUAUUAAUUUGAGUUAGCUGUAUUUUAAACACGUGUGUCAAAUCUGCAGUAAAUCUGCAGUAAAUCAACUCAAAUACAGUUUAAGUACAAUUUUAAAUCUUUACACUGGGCCUGAGUGUUUACAUUUUAUAGUACCUUAUAUUUCUACUCCUGUAAAUCUCAGGGGAAGGUUAAGUACUGCAUCAAACUCACUAAGAAAUGCAGCAUACAUAUUAAUGCAGGUGUAAAUAUUAAUGUGAAACAGUGAAAUAAUUACAGUCUACAUCUUACUGAAGAAACAGCGCUUAAAGCUUUUUAACUUCAUACUCAGUUUACAGCACAGAUGGAACUCCUGCAGUUGUUAGAGUACUUCUACAAUCAUUCCUGAUUUACAUUUAAGCAGUUUUUUAAAAGUACAUCUUUAAGAGAGACUUCUGACUCACUCACGUCUCCUAACAUCAGAUACUGAAGUGUCAACAAUUUCUGAUUCAGAGACUGCACAACCUCUGUGCAUAUUCGGUAUCUCCCUGCUUGAGAGAUGCUGAGUUUUGAUGUAAACCUGCUCCGUAUUUUUCAUUGUUUAUCCGUUCCCUUUUAUGCAGAGAGUUGGAGACCUGUUCAGGUGGUCCUGCUCCUUGUAAAGUCCUCAUGAAAACUGUAGGUCCAUUUAAUCUCACAGGUUAUCAGCCUGCAGGAUGUUUUAUCUACAGUGUUCAGCAUAAAUGAGGACACCCCUGCAGAGUUGUCAGAAACCCUUUAGUUUCCUUUCAAAAUCAACAUUUUCUAUGUCAGACUAUACAACAAAAUACUCCCCCAAAUGUAGCUCAUUGGUUGCAAACAUGAUUUUUUAAAGUUGCAUACAAAAUAGUAUUUUUUCCAAUUUACAAUCAGGAUGCAAGAAUGAGUACAACCCAAUCUAGAUAUAGCUCAUCUAUAUAUUGAGUAAUUAAUUUCUUUAAUAGGUGGUGUACUGACUUAUGCUGGGCAGUUUUGUAGUUUGACUUCGAGAGUUUUUCCAGCUGAUGAAAAGUCUGUGUAAGCUGAGUCAGUGAUCUGUAUCAAGACCAGAUUUCGUGGCCUUUGUCAGACCUUGUUAAAGGUAUAGAUACAGAAUGGUGCAGAGGCAGGCGUGACUGAGCUGAAUGUUCACGCUCCACGCCGCUAUAAAGCUGUUCAAGAUGUCAAACUGGCUGACGAAUAUUAAACUGCUGUCAAAUUCAGUUAAAAAAUAAAGAUGUUAUAAUAAAAAAAAUACUGGUGGUACUGUUUUGAAAUCCCUCCUUUAACCGGAGGCUGGAAGAGUCAACACUGCUGUUUGUGUCAUGCAAAGGCAAAUGAAGCCCUGAUGAUAAAUCCAGAUAGCUGCUUUCAUUCAAACGAGGAAUACAGUAAACAACGGAGACAUGCAACGGGACACAAAUUGGAAACGAAGGGCAUACGUGUCAGUCUGAGUUUUAUUCAGUCCAUGUCGAGGCUUUUUCCUGCCUGAUCGCAGAGCUACAUUCAUACCUCUGCUGUUCACCGUGACGGGAGUUUUUGUUUGUUGGAGAGACAGAGUACAGGACACAGAGUAACGAGUCCUCAGCAGGAUCAUAAAUUAGGUAGGUUCAUUAUACUUCCAAUCAGUUAUUCGGUAAUCGUCAGUGUGAUUUCAGUUGGUGGAUACUGUUUUGCUUCAUUUUACUGCGAUUUGAAAAAUGUUACUCUAAGAAAAUAGAUUGGAAAUGGGGUUGCCAAACUUGGUGACAUUAAACCGUAAUUAAAAGGUGAGAAGUUUAAGUAUUUUAACAUAAAACAGACAAAAAAGAUUUACCAAAAUUCAAAUGAAUGAGUUUCAUUCAUGAACACUGCUGUUUCCUACGUCUGUUUGCCUUUAAAUUUGCGCCUAACUUCAUUGUUUUCACUGUAAUUUUCCCUUCGUCAAAAUAAACAAUAUCUUAUUCUAACUGGAAGAUCUGGAAUUUUAAGUUUUGUGCAGAAUCUUUGCUCACAGUGUUUUAAAUGGCAAUCACAAAUAUUUGCACACACUACAGCCUGUAAUCUCAGAAAUAAUGGGUGUUGUAGUUUUGUUAUUUACAAUACUUACCUAAAAAGGAUGCCAAAAUCUUUAAACUAUAAUAAAAGUGUAACAUCAGUGUUUGUCCGGGCAUGAAAUGAGUCUAGAGCUGCGAAAACAAACUUCAAAUUGCAGGAUAAUUUCAGCCUCAUACAAGCACUUAAAAGUAUUUACUAGCUUAAUUUGAGUAAAUUUUAACACCUACAUAUUAGGUGUACUCCUUCUUAAUUCUUGUAAAGAAAUGAGUCCAUCUCUGUGCCACAUUGAGUCUCAUAAAAUGCCCAAAUUUAUAAAUAUCGAAAUAGAAGGGAUUUCCUUUGUGCUAUUUGUCUGUUUUCACCAAACAUAGUUGAGCUUCAGUAUAUUGCAGGGAUUUGUUUAACGUACUUGAUUUUUCUAUCCUUUUUUACCUGGACAGUCCUCUUUUUUGGGGACUGUCUGGCUUUGUCCUGGGGAGAUUUUAAAAUCCUUCAAAUGUCAGGGGUUUUGAGUUUGUUUUGCAUGGACUUACUGAGCUAAAGCGCAUAAAAGACACUCGAUCCGACGUGAAAAAUUACACCCAACUCUGUGACUCCGCCACCGCAUAGUCGUGUCCUCUUUUUUGGAAUUCAGAAUAUGGUCACCCUAACUUUCUGGAUGUUUCUAUCUCCUUACCCUCUUUCCUGUAAGCUCACUCCUUCUUGUUCCUGUUUUAUAGAAAAAAAGAAAAACUUAUACUGUAUAGCUCAGGAUAGCUAAACACUGCCAUGAUUUGUCCCCCGUUUACUCAACGAAUGAACUUUCAUGAUUGGUUUGUUGUCGAGUUGUAUUUACGUGAACUGCAGUAAUUACGUAUUCGUGUUAUCCCUCUUACUGUUUUGAGUUACGUCACGUUUUAAUCCUUAAUAAUAUCUUUUAACCGGAUGAAGGAUUUUAGUGAUCAAGUCAUUGUCUUCAGUGAUCAAAGAAACAGUCCGAGCGAUCGUUUGCAGCAGAUAAAAGUGAAAAACCUGUCGUUACCUGUUACAGCCGUGCCGUUAGCGUGAUGAAAUUACCCACAGUUCACCUCGGCUCUACAUGUUCUUCAUAUGAUCGCAGAUAAAGCUGAUCUUCUAUCUCAGUUAAGUCAAACUAAAUUUAACAAAGUUCAGUGUCAUUAAUAUUCGUCAUCCGUCAGUUUGGGUGAGAAGUUCUGGCACAAAAGAGACAGAAGAGCUUAAAAUAUAAUUAUGGUUUAAGUUGACGUUUCCUCACUUUAGCUGGAGCGUCUGGAUGACGAACACAAACUUGGGUGUUGGUGCUUCCUUCGCUAUUACUCACGAUUUUAAUCAUCGUCCUGACGAGACGCGGAACUUGUUUUAUCCUGACUGUUGAUUUAUGUGGCGAACUUUGUGGCAUCAUCAGAGCUUAGAUUAGAUUAGAUUAACCCUUGAAACACACAGCUGUUCAUCAUGUCAUUAUUUAACAUUCAAAUGAUUUAAAAGGUUUUUUUUUGCUGAAUUUUCCCAAACCAAAAAUCUGAGGUAGUCGUCUUAAAUCAUCCUCAACAACUCAACUAUCUUCUUAAAACUCGACUUUGAGGACCUUAUUACUUAACAGGAACAAAUCCAGACCUGCCGCUGAGCAAAAAGAUGAAUUUCUCAACAUUCACCUGAUGGAUAGUUUGAAUUUUUCUCUUUAAAAAGGAGGAAAAUAAGACGACCACUCUGCAGCCAAAAAGCAGACCCCGGGGGCUGUUACUCACCUCGUAUUUUACACUCCCUGCUGUCAAAGAUGGAGAGAUAAACUUGGAGAAAAAGACUCUUUGAGGAAGCGGUUCCUCUUUUUUUAUUUUUUAAAUACUAAAAGCACUUAUGCAAAAAUGGAACCACAGAAUGCAAACACACCAGUCUUUGAAGUUCUAAGUUUUCCUCGUUACUGAACAAUAAAGGUUGUGUCGGGAUCUUUAUCCUGGAUUUGGAGAUUAGCGGUAUAAUAGCCAGUUAUCCGAGGAUUAGACGCUCACUUCUGUGUCAAGUUUACGGAGAUUUUAAGCAGAAACAAAGUCACUUCUGGAAAAACGUUUGGGCUUGUGGCGAGAGGGUAACGGAUAACCGGCGCUAUUGCGAAUAGACGAGUUAUGACUCAGUGGAAGGAAGUCGGUUUGAGGCUGUUAAGUGUUUUAUAUCCUGAAUAUACACGUGACAUACAGCGUGUUUUUGUUAGGUAAUGUUUUAAUCUGAAAUGAUUUAAAGUUUGCCAACGUUCGCUCCCGUUACUCUUCAAAAGCUAAAGCUAAACCAGCAACAGGAUUGUAAUGAAUUAAGAUCAGAUGUAUUUUGCUUUUAACAAUCUUACCGUACGUUUUUAAAUUUCUGUCCAUGUGGAAUCACCAAAACCAUAACGGCAUAAUCGCACCAAAAAGAAGAAAGAAAGCGAAGUGAAUUACGUCUGUCUUUUAUUUACUGUGGGAUAAAAAGGAAAAACAUAUAAAGACCUCGGUCAGAUGACACACUUUGCCGGGGAGCUUAAAUCAGAUCCUAUCCCGAGUUUCAUCUCGAUUUCCCCCCCCGAAGCGGACAAAGUCCAUGUUUUCGUUGUUGACAUCCUCGUAGAAAUUUAGUGCAGAUCUCUCUUAUCAGUAAAGGGGAUCAUGUGCACCGCGUGUGACCCAUUGUGCAGACUUGUUUGGUUCUCGUCUAAUGUCUUUGUUACUUUGUGGACCCAUGACUAAUUGAACCCGGCGGGGGGUCUCUGGGAAAAGGAAGCGACUUGGCAUCUGUUUACUUCGUGUUGUGUAAAGUUCAUCCACUUCAUAAAAAUCAGAAGAAAUGACUGAACAUCAUCGAAACGGGGUUUAAUACAAGAUCAGAUAGUGAGAGUCGACUCUGUAAAUCAGAGGGUUGAACCUGAGACCUAAAGAGCCUUUUAGUGUUUAAACUAGUGACCUAGUUUUUUUUGUAUCAAUCGGCAAUCACACAACCAGAAGACUAGAGCAGUGUUCGAGACUCUCCCUGUUUCUUUAUAUGUGAACUUGCAGAAAAGCAACAAAACAACUCGACACUGGGAGCUUCAGCUCUGCAGCUACAGGGAUGUCCCCCACUUUGUCUCAUAAGUUAAACGUUAAAGAAACAUAAAUGCAUGGGUCACAAUAUGAUAAUUUGUCAAAAUGUGCAGCAGACGACCUGACAGUAACAAGCCGAAAGAAAGGUUCGCCACUACCGCCGCAGAGUUGGACGUUCUUCUGUCUAUAGCCAUGUUUACAUGUGCAAAAUUUCUUGAUCCGAUUAAAAAUUUAAGGGAAGGGAAGAUGUGAAUCUACUGUUUAUAUGUGCGCAAAAUUAGGGUGACCAUAUGUCCUCUUUUUGGGGGGGGCUGUCCGGCCUUGUACAACUUUGUCCAGGGGAGUUUAUAAAAUCCUUCAAAUGUCCGGGGUUUUGUAUGGAAGUUUUGAGUUUGCGUAGCGUGGACUAACUGAGUUGGAAGCACGUAAAAACACUUAACUCGAUUAGAAAAACUCUUAAAAUUUACUACGCGCCACUCCGCCCCCGCUGAUAAUCUGAUCAUGACGUGCGUAUACGUGCACCGAGUUUUAUUCCGAUUAGAAGCAUUUGGACAUGCGCAGAGUUGUCUAAUUUUACUCGCCUGUGCUGUCAACAAACCAACAAACGCUGCAAUGGCUAACUCCAUCCAAUUCAGGAUUUUCCCUUUGUUAAAUGUUGUCACUAGAUGGCGCUCCUGCUCAUUUAUUUUAUUGUUCUGUCAAAGGUUGCGCUGUGCGUACAGAUGUGAAAUAAUUACGCUGUAUUUAUGCCUUGUUAUAUUAUCGUAGGAGCACCUGCGUGUUAAUAAUGAAACUUCCUGUACUGGUAUCAAUAAAUAAGUCGAGUCAGGUUAGAGAGUCACGAUCGGAAGAAGUGUUUACAUCGAUGCAUUUCAGAAUAACGAUCGGCAUAAACCACCCCUCUCGAUCGCAAUACAAUUUCUUUCCGAUUGAGCCCAAUUUGAUCAGAAUUUUCCAAUCGACAUGUUUACGUGACGCUUUUUUAUUCCGAUCGGGCCUUUAUUCUGAUUAUUUGUGCCCUUGUAAACUCAGCUACUGAUUGCAUUCUUGCCCAGUGCAUGUAAACUAAGAUAAGGGGAGUGGGCCAGUUAAAUCGCCUAAUCGAGCUUUAACUGUAGCUCGACUUCACUGUACAUGUGAACGUGCUGAGAGAAGGUUGUGAACGUUUCUUUAAAACAUUUACAGGCAUGGUAACAGAGAUUUUGAGGAAAUACCAGAACGUUUUUAGUCCGUUUAUUUAACUCUAACUGUGGGCAGGAAUUUUCAUAUUAUGUCCUGAAAACAAACAUUGUCAUUUUUUGCUGUAUUGAUGUUUUUGCGAGACCUUAAUCAAGCCCAGUCCUGGGAUUAUUAAUCCAGGGCACUACCAUGCUACACACACACACUGAUACACCCCACAGACACACAAUGGAGCAAGGUCAAAGCCGUUGUUGAGCCCUACAGUCUAUUCUUGUAUCUGUGAUUCUAUUAGGCUUGACACUGGAUUAGCUCCCCUGAUCUCCACGCCUGAUUUGGGCCGGUUAUUAUAACCUAUUACUGCUCCGCCUCUCUCUUCUAACCUGUGCUUACGCUCCAGUCACCUCGUCUUUUACAGAGGCAGAUGGCUUCAGAGGGUGAGUGUGUUUGCCAGAUGAAACACACUGAAACAAAGUCGUGUUAAAGUGAAGUCAAAGCGCACCUUUCUUCUCCAGCCUUUGAGCAGAAGUCUGAAAGUGCUGCAGGUCCUGUUGAGUCUGUCUGGCCUGUUGUGUAGGGAGGAAAUGGAAAGAGAGAGUCUUUAUUGAUCUAAUUGUCUCUCUCUUUCAAACAAAGACUACACAGAUGUGUGUCAACACUGCUGCACUUGUUUAUUCUGCAGAGAGGGGAGGAACAAACAUGAGCCACACAGGGUGAGGAGUCUGUAAGAUUCAGCAGCAGCUGCUUUCACUCAUUUGUGAGCUGUUGGAGUCCGAAUAAGCAGGAACAUGUUUCGAUGACAAAGCGCUCACUCGGGUGUUUCCUGCAUAUACUGUAGUCACUCAGCUGGACGUAGUAACCCACUCCAGCAUGAAUGCUGCACUUUAUCUGUCAAAUGUGGUUUAAAGAAAUGUUGAACACAACAGAUGCAGAUAUGUUUCAUGUCAAAGUCAAAGUACAAGUCCAACAGAGAACCUUUUAACACUUUUUUGAAACACUUCAGGGGCUUAAAGUCCCACUCUAAUCGUUUAUUUAUUUUACUACUUAAUGUGUUCUCUGUGGUCUUUAAGUUCUGAUUAUGAAGGUUUUUUUUUUCAGCCAAAAUCAUGUUCCCUGUAUCAUUUUCAAGGUCUUUUCUUCUGCAGAGCUCCAGUAGCUCAUUAGCAAUUCGCCUCUGAGUCGUGGGCGGAGACAGCGCUGCUCUGCACACUCACACAUUGCCGUUGUAGUAGAAGAAGCGGGUAAUAUAGAAGUUAUUCAGCUCUGACAUGAUGAAGGCUAAUGUCAUGAUUAGCUUUCUUACAAGCAUUGCAAUCCGCUAACGCACACGCUUGUUCCGCGAUCGUCCUAUCUACUUUUCCGAGUCUGGCCUGCAUAGUUGGGCUUCGGGGGCGGAGCUUGGAUUUGUGAUGUUGGAAAUCUCACUGUGUUUGAACCUGCAGUUUGGGUCUGUCAGAGAUUCACAGAGAUUUGACUGCAGUCCUGUAGUAUCAGACAAAUGCCAUAUCUUUUUCUCAACAUGUAGACAACAAGAAAAACAUGAGUUUCAUCAGAGAGGGUCUUUGAGCAACAUUUCAGACUUUAUAGGCUGCAAAGGUCCUCACCAACUACACAGGGAUGCUCAUUAAUAAUAUCUUGUGUGUGUAUGCUAGCGUUCUUAUUAAUCUACCUUUUCUUUCUGCUUCCUCCACAACCCUUCUGCAACCUGCACCCUUACUCCUCCUUUUUAUGCUCUGUCUGUUCAUACAUUAGUGAUGGGAAUUACAGCUCUUUUUAGUGAGCCAGAUCAUUCGGCUCAGCUCACCAAGAAGAGACGACUCUUUUGGCUCCCAAACGGCUCUUCAUUUAACCACUUAUACAUUUUCUAAUUCAGUAAUAUUUAUGUAAUAUAUGUAAUAUUUAUAUAAUUUAAUACAUCCUUCGUUCUGAAGUAUUCACAAGUAAAAAUGGCAUUUCCUAAAAUAAACAGCUCACAGAUGGGAGCCAGCUUCCAUUGUUCACAUUGAACCAGUUCGUUUGCGACCGACACAUCACUAUCAUACAUAUUGUCACUUGGAUGUUGCUGCUCCUCUCUCUGCCUUUGUUUUUCAUGCUCAUGAAUCGGAGAAGAGAUGUGCUCUUCCUACUGCAGACUUUGGUAUCCCACGUCAGCACAUGGAAAGGCUGGAAAUCUCUUUAUUCCUGUGUGAACCUUUAUGAUAUCCAGUGCGCCUGUAAAAUUCCUUCCCUUCCUAAUAUAUUGGUCCCUUUUCUACGUUUACGAAAUUGAACUUUCACAGCAGAUUUUAGAGAAACUGAACGUUUGCUGAGCCAACAGUCUGCUAACUGGCUAACAGGCUUUUUCCUUUCAUCCUUUCACUCAGCUGCCAACUUCAUUUUCUGCUUAAACUGCACGAUUAAAGAAGUGGAAAAGUCCCCAUCGCCGUGUACAAAGGCUGUUUUCAAAGUGAGAUUAUAUGAUCGGACAAUGUAUAAAACAAAACUGCCUCUUUAAAAAAGGUCUGCUGUGAAUCUUAAAGUGGGCCUCUGACUCCCUGACUACACUUUUCUUCAUAUCUGAGUACGCUUCUUGACUUCCGCUGAUGUUAUCUAAUCACAGUUGCAAAAUCUUUCCAACUGCAAAAUAAAAAAGAAAAGAUCAGACGAUCUCUGUGUGGCACAAAUAUCUUGUGGUUAUUUUCCACCAAAACAGACGACUGGUCUCUUAAGUCUUCAUAACAGCAUCAGUAGUGCUCAGUGCAGCUUCCGAUCACAUUCGCCAAAACAAAACUUAAAUCCUUAAGGCCACACAGACAUGUUGGAUCAGUUUCCUUUCUCAUUUAUUACCUCCAAAUGGAAUUUCCUUUUGCAUGUUCUGUCUUUGGGACGUGAUGUUGUUUAUGCUUCUCAGAAACUGGACUUUUAAUAGACUGUUGUUGCAUUUCUUGGCGUACAGAUCAGUGCAAACUCUUUGUAAGCGGUGGUUGGAAAUGGUUUUCAUUGAGGAUGUGCAUCUUUAUGCAAUAAUGAAUAACAACAAGAACCGUGUGGCUAAAAACUUUUCUCCAAACUUGUGUUAUGGGUCGAAAACUCAAGCCGUUGAGGGUGCAGUAUUUAGUAGUCUUAGUAAAGCAGACUUGAUGAACCUGAAUAAGAAAAACUGGAUACAUAUGAAGAAGGUCCUUUUGCAUGAACGCUGCCAUCUUGCACUAAAGCCGAAAUCAUAAAGGAUCCGUGUUGAGCGUGUCCCGUCAGCGUCGAGUAUCUGCUCCAUAGACCAGCGCUGUCUAUCACAUACAGGAUCAGCGUAUUUGGAGCGUAGUAGCAGCGUAGUGCAGCCCCGGUCAGCUUGGCUCAGUAUAGAGGAAACAACAUGCUCACAACAGGUUGUUUUGCCUUCUGUGGUCGAUUUCCUGCUAAUUUGAAUAUAAUUCAGUGAACGUUGAGCCUCUACUAUAUGUGGAAAAGGAACGUGAUUUUACAGUUUGGGUUCUUGCAGUUUAACUCGUGUUUAACAAAGUAAACUAUGUUCCUUUAUGCUGUUACCUUCAGACAGAGUUAAAGUCCUGUUGGGGUCCACAUGAAUCAGGGAUUGACCAUCAGAUUGUUCAGUAUUACUAAUAAAUCCAGAACCAGGAAGUAUUUCUCAUCUACAUGAAUAGAUACACAGUUGGGAGUUCACAUAUGGUGUUUUAUUUUGAAACACGGAUGACAUGCAUGGUUUUCGUGCUUGACUUCCUGUCUAGAACGAUCUUCCCUGAUGCGCUUCUGAUACGGAGCUGCGACGUGUCCUUUGCUGCGAUACGCUGAGGUGCGCGCUCACUACGGAUCCUGUAUGUUUUAGCCUUAACGUGUUUCCAUUUCUACGUACUGUGCCUUUAAAUUGCUUCACUUUUACGAGCCAGCAGGAUAUGUGUGCACCGUACUGACACUGAAGAGUUUAGCUUGAAUGCAGUAGUUGUUGUCUGAAGUCUCUCGAUGCUUGUUUGUAGUUUUUUUGUUUUUAGGUUAAUUUAGUUUUUUUAUGCCUUUAUGGAGAGAAUAGAGAGAAAGAGGGAGACUGGGGGAUCAGAGCCAUGGGUUGGAUUUGAACCUGGACCACCUGCUGUGUUUGCUAUAGCCUCUGUAUGUGAGGUGUCUUAGUUUAACCACAAGGCCAAACCAGCUCCUUGUUUGACGUCUUUUUGUUAGUUGUAAUACUUCUCUUAGGAUUCUGGAUAAUGGUCGGACUGUAGUCUGGUUUAUGCUUCUGCAUCGGACGGACACCGUGCACUUCCCCAAAAUGUAACAUCACAUUGUUGAAGAGCGCUUUCGUGGAGUGUUGCAGAGCGAAGCCGACACUCCGACAUAAGUAUGUAGAGAUCAUAACGUGUAGGGACCUGUGGUGAAGGUACGAAACCAGAGCUUUAGGCUGUUGUCCUAUCAGAACUAAUGAUCAGCAGACCUACACCAACGAUUGACACGUUUGUUUUCGGCAUGGAAACAGAAACUGAUCAGUUCAGCACCGAUUGAGAUGACAGAGAUGUUCACAUGUAGUGGACUCACCAAUGAAAUGCCACCUUGAGUAUUUGGCGUUAGAGGUAGUCACAGUAAAUCUCUACUAACCGGAUGCAAACAAGCGUAGAUGACAGCCGGUCCAGAAAGUGGAUAUAAAACUGUAUGUUUGGGUUUGUUUUUCUUUUACUGUAGAUGUAAAUGACAGGAGACGUGCUGCCUCAGAUCAUCCAAAGUAAUUAAAUGUCUGUGCUGGAAAUUGUGGUGAAAAUAUCAUGUCACGAGAUGAUCAUUGGGAAAACUCUCUCUCUAAUCUCUCUCUGUGAAUCUGAAGUCGCUGCGAGGUGUGUGUUCUGGUUUGUUUUUCCGUCAGCUGAAGGAAUGUGUACCUGUAGGUAUGUACAUGUGUAUGUACAUAGGUAUGUGCAUGUUCUGACACACCAAACCUGGUAAAGAAACACAGCACUCUGACCUCAACAUGCUCACUUACUUUCCCUUUUUCCAACCGCAAAGCUAACUUGGGCUUUUAACACCCCUCACAAACAAGUAAACACAAAGGACGCUUAAUUCUGGAUCACAAAUUAGCUCUCUGAAAAGACAAUCACCACGAAUGCAGAUGACUCACCUGGCAGGAGGCAGUGAAACCUUCAGAAGAUAAUUCACUGUUAUGAUUGGAAUUCUGCCCUUCCCUUCACUUACCCUAACACCCCGGGGACAGAAAGAGCAUGAGGUGGGAGGUGGAGGAAGAGAGGCAGGAUGAGAGCUACCGGCCUUCCAGCUCAAACCGCAAAGAUAAUGUUGACUCUUCCAGAUAAGAUAAAUGCUUUGAAUGUGUUUGGUCAAGAAAAAAAAGCACAAUUAGCAUUUUGCACCUAAGAACCCCCCCCGAUAAGAGUUGCUUCAUAUAUCAAGAUAUUACUGGCAUAGUCGGCUACAAUCCAGAGUCAUCCAUCAGUCUUUAAAAAUUCAUUUGAAUCACAAUCAACUUCUGAAAUUAAACCUUUAAAUUUGUCUCUUCAUAAAGGAGUUCAAGUAAAAGUCCUAAAACGUUAAACUAUGCUUCUAAAAGUGGUCGACCUGGCUCCACAGAGUUAAAAAUAUUGGUAUUAUAUAAUUAUUGUUGGACGCCAACCUCCUCACACCAGUUUCCUGCUUAAAAACUCGGUCACUAAAAACAGUAAUCUUGAUGCAAAUGGUCGUCUUGUCAUGAAAAAGCAUCAUUAUGGAUUUCAGUCUGUUGUAUAAACAUUAAAAAACUCCUUAUAGUGGCUUUCAAGUCAUAUUCCAGAGUAAAAUUAUUUUGGGGUUAAACACACCGUAUCGCCAAGUUAGACCCCCCUCGAGAGAUGAAUGUUGCCGACCGCUUGCUUCUCUUGUUAUACCAACUUUAGUAACGACCACACAAUAGCAAUACACCGCCCUGGCGAGUUGAUCUCCGAGUGCAGUGGAGUUUCGCAGCUCAAGGAAGAACAUUUAUGAUUAUUAUUACAAGGAAAUGACAAAGAAAUGAUCACAAAUGUUCUUCCUUGAGCUGCAUCACUCCGCUGCAGUAUUGUAGUUUUAUCCUGCAGUCGUUACUAAAAUUGGUGUAACUAGAGAAGCAAGUAGUCUGCAACAUUCAUCUCUUGAAGAGGGUGUCUAACUCGGUGUUACUGUGUGUUUGACCCUAAAUUAAUUUUACACCGGAAUAUCCCUUUAAGUUGUUUUUUUGAGGCAUUACUGGUCUUGCCUCUGUAACUCUGCUGAUCUAAACUGGAGGCCCUUAAAUAAAGAUUUCAGAUACUCAUCCCCUGUGUCUAAUCCAAGGUUCCUACAAUAAUAUCACUUUCUUAAACUUAACUUUAUUUUGACUAAAAUUUAAAAAAGUAAAAAUAAAACAGAGGAUCUGCCUUCAGAAUGUGGACAUGUUAUUUUUUUUCUUUGCCUGUAAAUUUUAUUUGAAUUUUUUGGUGAACUUAAGCUCCAUAAAACACCUUCAGCCUUUUACCAGUAUGCACUUUUCCAGACCACAGAAGCCACGAGUAAAUACUUCUGUAAAGCAAAGCAAUUAUCCAAGUGUGUCUGUGUCAAGAGUGAGAUUUCACACCAUUGGUCCCGACAUAUCUCAGUUUUCAGUUUUCAUUGUUGGAUUAUAAUCUUGAGUAAAGAUUCAUUGUUGUAAACCGACCGGUCAUUUCUCUCUCUCUCUCUCUCUCUCUCUCUCGCUCACUUUACGCUGUAACAUCUGGAUUCAAUUGGACAGCAUUAAGGCUCAGACAUUGCCCAGUGAAAAUCCCUGUAGAGGAUUUGCCUGUUUGGCACACUGCUCACUAAGCCCCAUCACUCGGCCGUCUGACUGCAUCAUCACAGGGGUCUCCACGGUAACGGCAACACAAAUCAUCCAUCUUCACUGUCUGCAGCUGAUGCAGUCGUGUUUUUUUUUUUUUCCUGAGCUGCUGGAGCCACAAAGAGUUUAGAGAGAAGAAUUUAAAGUUAUUAUGAUUUUUUUUCUGAUUUUAAGCAAAUAUUUAACUCACAUCUCUGACACAACAGUAUGAAAGACCAAUAUUUACAUGUGGUAAAAGCCUCCCUCAGACGGGACUAAAGUAGUUUACAGUGUUUCAGGGCAGCUGGCCAGAUAUGAUGAUAGUCCUGGCUGUCUUUCAGUGCACUGAGUGUUCAAGUCCUGUUCAGGGAACCCUACAGUUAUAUAACCUCUGCUUAAUAUCUAUAUCUUAUACCUGGAAAUACUUGUAAUUUCUGUGUUGUUGCUUCUGUCCAGCUGCUUUGUAUUUAAGCUAUUUUUGCUGCUUUAACAUCUCAGGUUGCUCUUUCAAUGUGCCUGCAAAUUGUUUUAAGUUGUCGUAGUUUAUUGAAGCUGACAAGAGUAUAACUGCAUGAUUAUUUUUAACAGCCUUUGAACACCCAACCCAUCUAAACAUCAAAUGAAAAAGCCAGUUUUCUCCUUUUAAUGCUUUUUAAAGAAACAGUUUUUGCCUUUUAUUUUGAAAGGACAGUUUAAGAGCAAUGGGACAUGUGGAGAGAGAGAGGUAGGGGAAUGAUCAUAGACUGUGGACCCCAGAUACUGUAUAUAUAGAAGACUAAAUACGCUAGUGCGCUGUAGCAGCCCGCUAAGCGACGUGCCUACAUGACAGCCAUCUUAGUGAGGGCAACGUUCCCAUUUAAGGCAUUAGAUAUACAUCAUAUCUUGCUCAUUUCUCAACCGAUGUUUAUGCAGCUUACUUUACGUUCAACAUCAAAACGUGUGCUGUUAAUAAAGUUCAUUUGGGUUUUUUUUAUUUUUAAAUCAACUGAGGCAGACAUCAGAAAUGUCGUCUCAACCUCACUAUGGUUGACCUUCUAAAGGCAGAGUUGGACCUGUGGCGGGCCUUUAGCCCCUUGCUAACCGCUAAAGUGCGCUACGUUUCUGCCAAGUCAGCUGUACCUCAAAUCCUGCAAAAAAUACAUAACAAUCAAACGCUUAAUUUAGCAAAAAAUCACUCCCUGUGCAGUGUGUGCAAAUAGAGAAAAGAGCUAUAUUUUUCUAACUGUCCCAUCUAGCUUGACCAUAUGUCCUCUUUUACCUAGAUAUGUCCUCCCUUUGGGGGGCUGUCCAGCUUGUCCUGGGGAGUUUAUAAAAUCCUUUAAAUGUCGAGGGUUUUGUAUGGAAGUUUAAAGUUUAUGUAGCGUGAACUUACUGAGUCAGAAGUGUGUAAAAACACUCGACCCGACCCGAAAAACCCUCAAAAUUUUGUUCGUGACACCGCCCCACAUGGUACUGUCCUUUUUUUGGGGUGAUCCAGAAUACAGUCACCCUAGUCCCACCUCAGCUUCACUGCUGAAGACUCGCGGUUGCCAUUUGGAAAUGACAUGAAUUGAGUCAAUGGCUCUGCAAUGAAGACUGAAGCCUCUGCUGUGCCACACGAGCUGUUCUUUUUGAAUCUUUGUUUCAGCCUUUUGGUGAAAAAUUUAUUGACUUUUAUGUGUCUGACAUAAAUCUGUAAAAGUUCGAUUUGACGUGUCACACUUCUUUCAAUUGGAAAAGUAAAUAACCAACACUCUUGCGCAGUCUUGAAACUGAGUCAUAGUUUUUGCCCAAACCGACCGCCUGUAGACAUGAACAUGUUUGUCAAUUAAUAAUGAGGGCUGUCACAAAGUUGUCUUAAUCUGAGAGUAUGGCCUAGAGGGGAAAAGAUGGUUUUUCAGCAUUUUUGUUGUUGUUAAUUAGAGCAAACCAAAACACACCACUGCUCCAUUAACUUUGAGUGUUUCUGUGAGGAUCAUGAGAAAAUAUAAACACUGAAGUUUGCUUCAAGAAUUAACUUUAAAAAAUGGAAAUCCUUUAGAUGUAAGAUGAGGAAAUAUACAAUUGGAAAUACCUGUCGUGAGUUUUUUAAGUGAAAUGUGAUUUAAAGGGACAGUGUUGCUUUUUUCAUCCAUAGUAGCAGCAAGAAGCAGGAAGACACUACAGCAGCUGAUCUACGGUGUGCCAAAAGGGACAAAAUAGUAUCAGAUUUAAAGAAAGUAACAUGCCAAUCUUUGAAUUAAGUGUUCCAACUUAUAAAAAUAAUGUCUAUAUUGAAUGUGUUUGACUGAAACCACCACAGCAGUAGUUACCACAGGAGUUGGCAGAGCCGCCAUCAAACACAUAUAGCUGAGCUGAAAUUAAACCCCGAUGCCAACCGGUUUACCUAAUCAGCUCUCUAAAAGCGUCUGUUGUGUAACUGAGUCAGUGGCACAGCUGACUACUCUGAGUCAGUUGCAUCAGACUGCGAGAAUGAAGUAAAAACAGGCUUGUGGGAAUUUGUAAUGGGGCACAGUGAAGCGAAACGCAGCUAAAGACUUCAAGUGGCGCUAAUAGUUCAGCUCAAGUAGCAUUUGAUGUUUGUUUUCACUGCAGAGAUUAAGGAGAUCUCAGCGAGUUAUUAGCCGCGGCAGUAAAAUUUACGGUCCAGCGUUCCUCUCUUAUUCAAGCUAAUGUGAGGUUAGGAUGACUCAACCAAUAGAGAUUUUGUAGGCCGAUGGUUUGGCACGCCCUCCUCCUGCCCCACAUGCAACGAGGAAUCUCUAAUCAGUUCGCAGCAAGUGUCCUCACAUUUUGAACCUUGCAGCCAGAAAUGGCUUUAAUCACCUGGCCUCGGACCGAGGAUCAGAACAAGACCUGAUGUGUUGCCUCUCAGCUCGGAUCAGACUCUAAUGACGGUCCGUUUGUCGCUGCAGCUGGAGGACGCCGUUGUUUGCGUGCUGCUAUUUGCUGUUUGGAGUUAAAGUAAAUGUCAGGUCUGUUUGCCUCAGAGUGAAUAAUCACAUCACAUGAUACCAACGCGGUACCAGGAUAACCGGAUAAGAUCCGCCGUUUAUGAUGUCUGCUGUUACGCCUCAUUAUUGAUUUCCAUUUGCCCAUUUAGGCGGUUGUCUAAGCGACUAAAAUACUGGGUCAAAUGUGCAGAAAGGAUCUUUCCUUUCCUCUCCAGCUGUGGUCUUUGACACACGUUGGCUCGCCUUACUGCUGGCAUUACAGCCACAAGAUUACGAGGUUGGCGCCCUAGAUACGAUCAGCGCAGCGAUCACUUUUUUCCACCUUUAACCUCUUUUUUUCCCUCCUUAUCACACUCAAUUCUCUUCUUUCCCACUGAACAGGAUGUUAUCGUACCUGCUUUGUUAUGGCAACGAACGGCGGAUCUCCACUAAUGUGUGUGCUCGGCAAUUAUCAGUUUCUGACUGUUUGUUCCCGCUGUUCAAAUAUUAGGAAGCAUAAGGUCUGUGUGCUCAAUAUGUCAUCAUCCAGUCCCUGCAAUUAAGAGUUCUAUCUGAACAUCCGACAUGGAGGGGACGGUUCAGUUGUUCUGGAGUGGGGUUGUAUCAGGUAACUGUCAACAGUAAGUGUAUUAAACGCAGGUGAUGCCAGUCAGCCAAGCUCACUUCUUGAGAAAACGGGCAAAGAUCCAGCGUGGAAACCAGGUGAUCAACAGCUGCAGGCAGGGUCAAGUGUGGGUCUAAAGGUACGCUCCACUUACAAUUAUCAGAUCCAACGCUAAUGUGUUUCUCUUUGGGUCCGACUUUUGUUUUAACUUCGCAUCAGCUGAGUUAUGUUGUGGAGCUGGUUCUCUGCAAGAGUUCAGACUUUAGUUGUGUUUUCACGAGUUUCAGCAACAAAAAUUUAGAGGUGCAUCAGAUCAGGCAGGUCACAAAAUUCAAGCUCAAGGCGUAAAAUAUCGGCUGAUUCCAGCGCAUAAGACACAACCUCAAACACUUUUGUGCACACAGUAACCUCUUUCUACUUUUCUCCAAUGAAGAUACACACCAAAGUUUUAAGUGUGGGCCUUACCUAAAUCAGACCCUUGGUGUGCAUGAAGAUAAAUAGAGUCGACGGACCCUGAAAGGUCAAAAUCAUCAUCAAAUCAAAUUUUAUUUAUUUAGCGCCAAAUCACAACAGUUUUUAUCCCAAGAUGCUUUCCAAAAGAGAGACCCAACGAUAAGAUGGGACAGAUUUGACCCGCCUCAUCUAACAUGAGUGACAGAAACCUUGGGAAGGACCAGACUCACGUUGGACAGCCAGGUAGAAUCCGAGUAUUCAGUCAAUUUCAAAGUAAAACAUCAUGUACGGAUUCCAAUCAAGUAUUAGUAGAUAUGAAAAUAAAUUAUCUUUAGUGUGUAGAAAUUAAAAUAGAAACCUUUAUUCAAGUCAUUGUAUGAGAAUAAACAAGAAUAGAAGUGCUGCAUCUGUAACAAGUGACAAAUAGAGGGGAAAGAAAACAUACAUGACACACAGAGGGAGAACAUUAUGGAAAAUAACUAUAGAUCUAAUGAAAUAACAGUAACUACUGGAAACAUUUCACACUUAAAUCAUGAAAAAAUAAAAAAUACUAAAAUUAUUUAGGAUAUCUAACUAUGACAGAAGCAUAAAAGCCAAUCAUGUCGAAAAGAACCAGUACAUUAACCUUAGAGAGGAGCAGAAACUCCGUCUUCACAGGUUGUUCUCUACAUUAUUAAUAUUUCAUGAUUUGGACACCUCUCCUCGGUGCACGUGUUCGUUUUUGAACCAGUGCCUCAGUUUUCUGAGCCGGCAUGGACAUCAUAGGUCAAGAAUAAAAGUUCUGGUGAUCUUAUAGUGACAUAAAGUUUCUGUAAAACUGAAUGAAAUGAAGGACGAUCAGUGAGAAUACAGGUUCGUCCUGUCAGGUUGUUAUUAUGUGUGUAAUUGCUGCAGACAGGACGGUGUCAGACGGUGUCAGACGGUGUCAGACAGCAGCAUUGUUCUGGACCUCUAACUUCUCCUGGUGCUCAGUGUCUCUCUGUUGCAUGUUGUGUAGAGCAGGUUUCCUCCAGCUUUGUGCUGAAGGUUGAUGAGUUUGUGGAGUAGAAACCAAACAAUUCUCUGGAAGAGCUUUAAGUGCUGCUGUAAAUUUUCCCUCCCCUUCCUGCUUCGCUCCACGUCGGCCUAUUUUCCCCGUUUGGCUCUCUUUCUGCCGUCUCGCUGCCAGACAUGGACUGAGCUUGUUUUGUUUUUUUUUCCUGUCAGUCCUCCGUGUUAAUCAAACGGAUAGGCCGGUGUCUGUCUUGCUCUGACACGCCACAGUGCCGUUGCCGGUAAAUGGCACUUUUCCUAUUCAUUCAGCUCUCCAAACCAGAGUGGAGGGGUGUGUUUUAAUAAGUCUGUCAAUUAUGGGCAUGUUAUCACCACCACACCCUGGAGAGGUUACUUUACAUCUGUAUGUUAACUGCACACAUGCACACAUAAUAACACAGACGCACAGGAGCAGGACAGGUAGGACUGCAACUCUUUAAGACUAUUUAACUGUAGUCUUUUAUUUAUAAGAGCUUGGACACAUGAAAUAAGGAUAUAAACUCAUCUUUAAAUCAUCUAUAAAUCAUCUAAAAUCUAUAUUCUUAUUGUUAACGAGACUUUAAUCGACUUCACACCAUAUAAACAUGUUUUUUUGUUCAGAUGAUUCCUACUAGAUUAUGCAAUUAACACCACAAAUCAGACCUUUGAGCACCCACACACUUCUCCGGCUGUUUACACAACACAGUUUGCGGUGUUAGCAUCUCCUGGAGUGAUUGUUUAUUCACUCCUGUGGUUGUUUUAACGUUGAACUAACUGUGAGAGGUUGAUGACUGGAUUCAGGGUGGAUUUGGACAUGCUUUUUGAGCUUGAGUUGAAUGAACUAUGAUGAUGCAUGAGUAGUAAAGCAUUUUUUAGUCUCUGUUUGGUGACGAAUUUAGUCUGCAGGGAUCUUGCUGGACAACCAUAGUUAAGGAUUUCAGGGAGGCCAAUCAGAGCCGCUCUCUGACUCUGCUGCAGAAGAGCUUCAUCUGAUAUUAAGGACUAUAAAAGGAUUAUCACCUGUGUAUUUGAGGUGUGUGGAGCGAGGCUGGCGUAAAUGUACAACAGUCUGCUUUUUGUCUAAUAGGGAGCUACAUUUAUAUCCUGACUUAUUCCCUCCUUUGACUUUGCUUCUGCACAGGGAGCCUCCUUCAGUAUAUUUACAGACCACUUGAGCAUUUCUCUGGAUCUCACUCUCCACUCUGCAACUGACGUCUCCACACCUAAUACCAUGUGCCAAACAUUGUGCCAAACAUGCUGCUGUUCGUCUUUAAAGACAGUAAAGAAACACGUGUCCGUUUCAGAACAUUGUCACUCUAGUUUAGUCUUUUGGAUGAUCUGGAUUAGAGAUAUUCUAGUAGCAUUUUUUCCCUCCCAAUACCGAUUCCAAUACUUGUGCUGUGGAUAUCAGCCGAUACCAAGUACCAAUCUGAUACCAGUUUGUUAUCAAAUAAAAAUCAUACCAGGCCUGCAUGACUGUGAUAUGGUUAUUUUUGUGGUAAGGUUGUCUCAGCCUUUUGUAAAACACAAAUAAAUUCAGCAAAUUCAAGCCAUUUAUUUUUAAAUAGAACAGAAUGAAAAACAGCAAAUGUAAUUUAACUAAAUAAAUCUAGGAAUAAUUAUUUUUGAAAAAUCAAAGUGCAGCCAAAAUAUUUUUAAAUGAAAAGGGAAUUUAAACAGAACGGAGCUAACGGGCAAAUUAAUUACUAAUUUAAUAAAUUAUGUGGUUUCGGAUCAGUGCCUGGACUCGAACUCCAGGGCUCACAGAUACCGAUGCCAGUAUUUUUGGCAGUAUUGGAGCAAUUUCCGACACUGGUAUCAGAAUUAGAACAACUCUUAUCUGAAGGGGUGUGCUGUGGGUGAUUCACGUUGACUUUUAAUUAAAAAGAGACACACACAGCUUGCAAAUACAUUUUGUUUUAGUAGUUUUCUGACUUCAACUUGGUCCAAAGAGUCCCUCUCUUUUACUGGAGCAUCUUCUGCUCCAUCAGCAGAACUUGUUUUCAGCAUGAAUCCACCUGCUCCUGAGAAAAGUUCUUGUAAUGAGGAUCAUGUGACCAAGCAGGGGCGUGUCCAACCCGUUUCUGACACAGGGGUGACAUGAAGUAUGUUAGCACUAAUAAACAGAAUUACUGUUGCAUUUAUGUGACACCGUAGCCCUGUGGUUUGUAUCUUGAAGGUGGGUUUCAAUGGUUUCGGUCUUGUGACUCCAUUUCCAACCACAUCUCCAACCACAUGAGCUGACCCGGGCCUGAACCUGCUCCAACUACAAGAGCUGGAAAGUCUUGUGCCUACCACUAAAGGUAGAGAGAGUGUUCUUAAUCCCUACUUUGAUAACAAACGACCCUUCAAAAUAAAAGUUCACUAAAAUAACAAGGAAAUAAAUCAGUGAAAAAAGCUAAAUCAAUAAAUCCAAAUCAGUUUUAUGAAGCAGUCUCCUCUCCAAAGCUUGAGCAUGAACUUGUUCACUUAUAAAUUUUGGCAAACCUAGUCUGUCGUAUAUGCCUAUAAGGAAAAGGGAUAUAGUUUUAUUACAACAUAAACUAAGAAAACUCUCCUGGAUUUGAAUUUUAAUAUGAAAAUAUUUGACCUAAAGUAAAGUUCUUACCUCUCCAUAUGUCGGAGCUCUGGUCCACGGUGAUGCUGAUAUGUUCCUGUGAGAGUUGGUUUAACUCCAUGAUGAUCUGAUAACAGAAAUAUGUAAAGUCUGUGUUUCGCCCUGAAGCCACCGGGCCGGUGUUGUAGUUCCUGCGCUCUCUGCCUUUCCAAUGAUCCAAAACAAAAACCAACAACCGCUGACAUGCAAACUAACAAAAGAGCGUGAUAAGGAGUCUUGGCACUAAUGUAGCUCUCACACACCCAGACAGGAGUGUUGUUUUUGAAGCUGAUUUAGAAGUGCGCACACACACACACACACACACACCUGCUGUUCUUCCAUUUAAAGGGAUGCACUUGCUCCUAGCUUACACUUUUGCACAGUUUGUUAUAAAAACACAAGUCUGGGGCUCUUUUUUUAGCCUCUCACACACUCAUACAAACAAACUCUGACGUGAUCUAACUUACAUCGCCACAGGCUGCACUGACAUUUACACAGAUAGUAAUGGUAAUAGUAUUACAGGCGUAUUUUGUCCUGGUAUUUUGUUCCUUUUGGCAGCGAUCCAGAGGAACCUACAGCAUGAUGGACUCCUAGAGAGUCAGUUAACUCAGGGUCAAACACACCAUAACACCGAGUUAGACACCCCCGUGAGAGAUGAAUGUUGCCGACCGCUUGCUUCUCUAGUUAUACCAACUUUAGUAACGACUGCAGGAUAGCAAUACACAGCGGUCUUUGGCUCCACGCGCAAACCUCAACCAAAACGCCACAAAUAAUGCUCAGAACGGCACCCAACUUCAUCAACAGUAUAGGAUACUAGCCAUCAAACAUCUUUAUCUUUAGCAAAGAGACUAAAUACAACUCACCCACUCUCCUCCAGCAGCCGCUUGUUUGUGGUGGGAGCCCUGAUGAGUCAAUCACUGAGUGCAGCGGAUCAUUUCCUUGAAGUAAUUAUCAUCAUAAUAAUCAUUUUGCACCGCAGACGCGGUAGUUCUUCUGCCUUAGCGUCUCAGUCUGAUUGCAUUUCCAUAAAGUAACGAUCAUAAAUGUUCUUCCUUGAGCUGCGAAACUCCGCUGCACUCUGUGAUCGACUCGUCAGGGCUCCCCCUACAAACAAGCAGCUGCUGGAGGGGAGUGGGUGAGUUUUGUUAAGCCUCUUUUCUGAAGAAAUCAGGUAAAGCUGAAAAGAUGUUUCAUGGCUGGGACCCUAUAUGUCCUGUUUACGAAGUUAGGACGUAAACCGCUGUGUGUUGCUAUCGUGCUGUCGUUACUAAAGUUUGUAUAACUAGAGAAGCAAGUGGUCCGCAACAUUCAUCUCUCAAGGUGGUGUCUAACUCGGCGUUAUGGUGUGUUUGACUAUGACUUAUAUUUACGCCGGAAUAUCCCUUUAAUGAUACAGACAGGACCGGAACUUGAACUUUUCGUAAUGCAUUCAUAGUUAGGAAGUUCUGAGAGUCUCUUUUUCAUUGAGAGAAAAGUCCGUCUCUUUAUGGAAGUGCUGCGUUGAACUGAAUCUGGGUCUUUGUGAGUCUGAAUCUAAUUCAUUCAGAUGAUCCGUGGGCGUGCCCAGACUGAGUCCUUUUUUUAGAGCCGACCAAAUAUUUUUGGUUUUUUUGACCAAGCUAAAGUGAGACUGAUCAGGCAGAAACAAAUCCUCCCGGUGAGGUUGUGUAAAAGAAGAGAGUAGGACUGUAAGACAUAAAAAAUACUUUCUGUGACAUACUGUGUGAAAAAUUACAGGAAUUUAGCUCGGAUAUGUUGUCACGCCUGUCACUUUUGCUGCAGACGGGUUUGCCUUGGAGUUAGCCCGGAGCUUCAGCAUGUUGUAGGUGUUUAAGUUCAUGAGUCUGUGGGCUACAGGCGUUAGUUUAUGACACUUUAAAAACCAGAACAAGCCGGCUCUCAUGACUGACAGGGAAAAAAAGUGAAGCUUGUGGUGAAGGAAAAGGAGAUGAAGUAAAGUCUUAUUUUGUUCUUCUCUUUCUGUCUCUAAAAACAUCAGAUUAGGAGAAUCAUUCCUUUCCUUUUUACUGCAUCUUUCAUGCUCCUUUAUUUUUAUUCCUCCUUACCUGAUCAUGUUGCUCCACGUCUUAAAAUUCUGCACAGACUUGUUGAUUUAAAGUUCCUCCGUACGUUUUAAGCUCCAGUCUGGUCUCUCUGGUACUUAAACGCUUCACUGUAAAUGUUCCUCAUGUGUCCCACUAAAGGUUUCCGUUUUUAUGCUCCAAAACUCUGGACCUCUGCUUCAGGACCGCAUAUCUAUCAUUCAAUUCAUUAAACAUCAGAUUUAGUGCUUUUGUUUGGCUGAAACUGGCCUUCCUGAUUUCUAUUUUCUUACUUCUUCUAUCGAUUUUACGAGAGCUGUAAAGUUCUAGUCGUCUAGUCGACUUAUUGGCCGAUAACAAAAUCCUGAUUGCUCGACUCGCUUUUCUUUCCGCGUCAAUUUACAGUCUAUGGUUAAUUUCAUCAGGUGGAACGUACCAAGUGCUAAUGGGGGUGUUUUAACAGCCUGUCUCAGAACACCCCCCUUGUGUUCACCAUUUUGGAUUCGCCCAACCCACUGGCCACCGGCUGGAGACAGGAAGAUUGAAGAGCGUCCACAUUGAUCAACGUCGGGUGGUUUGUUGAAUAGUUAAUUGUAUUUUGAGAGUUUCAACUUGCCUUUUUGUGCUGCCAUCAGUAUAUAUUCACCCUGUCGAGCCACGCUCCGCCCAGCCACGUCGUCGUUGCCCACCCUCAUUCGUUGAUUUUUGGGGUCGAAAAUUUUUACUGCAAUAAUCUAUUAAUGUAUUAAUCUUAUUAUAAUGUUUGAGACAGUUACCCACUGAGCAUUUGUUGGUCUAAAAGAGGUCUAAUAGACGUCUAAAUGUAGCCUAGACGACUGGUCUAAAAUCAGACUACCACAGGUCUAAAAAUGAAAGUUUUUUAGACGUCUAAAUUUAGACCAAGUCUAAAUCUGGGCUUCAUCUAAACUACACUGUUUAUUGCUCAAUGGCUUUCACAGUUGCUUUUUGAAAAUAAUAGUUAUUGAAUAAUGGGUUAAAGUGCAACAUCUAAAUUCCAUCUAAAAAUCGACAGAAUCAAGAUGGUUGAAAUUAGGUCUAAAAAAAAUAGACAUGUAAAAAUAGACAUCUACUGCUCAGUGGGUAUCUGAUGCUCUUUUUUACAAAGCGCUUUAGGCUGCACUGCUCGAGCUGUGUGAAUUGUUUCUGCUGCAUGUGUAAAAUUAGAAGCAGGGGAUAAAUACAAAUGGAUUUAUCUCGGCAUGUAGUGUAAUUGAAUUUGCCCGUUUAACUGCAGGAGCUUAGAGGCACACACUUUAGUUACCUGCUUGUGCACAAAUCUCCGCUGCUCAGUAAUCACACUGCGGCGCUUCGCUUCACGUGUGUGCUCUUCAAACAAAACACACAUAAAUAAGUGAAUCCAACAGCCCUCUGUCACCUCUGUGGGUGUGCGGGUGUCCGCACGCCGCUGUUUCAGGGGGGGGGACGCCGUCUGACUUAAGCUGAGAUGCCUCCACGCGGCGGCUGAUUAUCCGCAUCAAUCCCUGAUUAUCCGCACCAAUCCUGCAGCUUCUAUCUGCAGCUCAUACAGGCCGACAGCAAGUCAGACAUGUUUGCAGAUGUAAACUCAAGACUGUUUUCCAUCUCAGAAAUCGGACUCCUGCUGACUUCUGUGUCAAACUUUUUGCACUUUUGCACGAUACUUGUAUAGAUGUGCAGCGGUGAUAAAUUUCAGCACAGGCUGGUAGCAGAUUAUCAGCUUCAGUGAGCGUGAAGUGCAGGUGAGACGAGGAUCUUGGCAGUCGAGCCAGCUGUUUCCUAGGAGUGAUUAGAGCGGGGAUAUCCGACAUGAGGAGGGAUACGCUGACGGGGGGAAACACCAUGACCACCUAUUUUAGGAGAAUAGAAGUUGUUUUACUUUAUGGAUGAUGCGCAUAUUAAAAGACGGAUGACAGCUGAAGCGGAUGGAGAGCAAAGGUGAAUAUGAGCAGACAGGAGUGUGAGAUGAUGAGGGGAUGAAGCCUGAACACUGACCUAAUGGGUCUUGAGCCUCCUAAGCUGAAGAACCGGAGGGAGACAGACGGUGAGGCAAACAUCGCUAUCACAUUCGAUCGGAUUUUCCACCAGAACAGUUGUGCUUCUGUUUUGGUUUUGUUUGCACAAUGCUCUUUGUAAUCAUUUCCAUUUGACCUAAAAAACUGUGGGUCUUGUGACAAUAAGUCGGGGGCACUUUGCUCUUGUGUCUGUGUUGCAGAUCAUGAUUGAAUUAUGAGGAAAAGUGGAGUUAGAGUAUCUGGAGAAGACGAUAAGAUGUCAAUGAAAGACUGACAAAAGUGUGUUUAUACGUAGAGAGGUGGUUCCAGCUGACGGUUCGCCCCCCUGCUGUUACGACAUUGAGAGUCAUGUGAACACUUUUGGCUUCGACUCGCUCAGAUUUCCAGGAACUUCUCAUCCUACAACUGAGAGCAUUCAAAUCAGAUCUCGGUAAUUGUGUUAAAAACUGAUUAAAUAGGAGCUGACGGGGCCGAAGGAGUUCAAACCUUCAUCGGUGUCGAUACUGAUUUGCCCAUUACCAUCAUGAAAUCACAAAACUGCCAACUUUCAUUAUAGUGAAGAUCUUUCUUUUGCUUUUUGAGUAAGUAAAUAAGUUGUCUUUGGAGGAGAUGCAAGCUCAUUAAACAAUACAUGUUUUUAAAUACAUGCAAAUUCAACUUCAUUAAAUCUAAUUUCUGUUAAUUUAACAUGUCUACAAAUUUCUUUGUAGCAUGCCAGGCUUCGACACAAAAAGUAAAACAAAUCUCAACAGAAUAAUAAAAUAACAUGAUUUGUAUGAUUGGCUGCUAAAACUCUGGAGACUCCAUUAUUGACGCACAUUGAAAGCCUGUUUUUCUCGCAUAAAUUAACACGUUUACAGCCUGUUGCAGACAAAUCUCACUGUGCUGACAUUGAACAUUCACAUGUACUUUCGAGUCAUUAAUUUAAUAAUAAUAAUAAUUAAUAAAAAUAAAGUAAUAAAUAUAGUUAUGAGUUUUGUAGUCAGACAUUAUUUGAAGCCUCUGUCUUUACUUGCUCAUCGUGAGCGUUUGCCGGCCUCAACUUGGCGUCCUGGCAUUAAGCUUUGGCGGCCAAGUGUUGAGUGUUGAGCAUGAGUCUGUCAAAGUUUCCCAUCGAUAGAGUCACUCAGUGGUGAUAACUGAAUUGCUUUAUAGGUCUUAAAUGUACUUGUCAAACAGGCUGCCGACAUGUUAAAGCAGCUUCACUGAGCUCUUAUCUGUAAAUCUGGAACUUUAAAACUCCUGUGAGGAGUUUUUUUUGACAUUGACGAAUUAGACAAAAAUUCAUAUUACUACCUUUGUAUUAUAUGUAGAGGCAAACAAGACCGUCAGCAGGACAUUGAUGAUUUUUAUUCUGUAAUUUUCAAUGUCUGAAACCGGUGUAGAACAGGAGUAGAUGGUAAACAACUCUCUUCUACAUUUUUAUCUGACAGUAUUCACAGUAAAUGACUCAUUUGACUGUCAAGAAUCAGCAGGAUGAGCUUUUAUUGACAGAAGACUCUACUCAAGUCUGUCGAGAAAGAUUUCUCAGUCCACAAGUGGCGCCAAGAUGAACAAACACCAAAGUUCCUCAACAAAAAGUGCGACUGUUUUAGUUUCACUUGUCAUUUUUAACUGUCAUCGAAGAGUCUUCGGCGUUUAUUCAAACGAUCUCUCAACAGGAGCUAACCGAAGUCCUCGCUGAUGUCCUGACCUGCUCUGAGAUGUUUGUUCAGUGUGUCAUUGAAGGUGAAUUCAGGCCGAUAAAAAAACACUUCAUCCUGAGUCAUUCAGUGACUUUUCUGACACACGUUAAGUCACGAUGGAAACAAUUCCUCCGAAUUUCUUUUCUGCUUCGUAUCAAAGAUGCUGGUGAUUAUCUGGAUACUUCAGACAUUUGACCACAGAGCGUGUCCGCACUGUAUUCUGAUGUUAUCAUGGAGACACUUUGAGAAAGCCGGGCAAAAAAGAGAGACUGGUAGAGAAGCAGGUGAUGGCAGCGACUCCAAGUGUGUUUCUCCAAGUGAGGGAUUACCGAGCGUCUGAGAGAGGCUAAAGUGGAUUGAGAUGAUACAGCCUGAUCUGGAUUCUUAUAUCGAGGGCCAAGCCGAGUCUCAGGACUAAUCUCUUAAUUCAUCAGUCCGGUCACGUUCAGACCUUCAUUUCUGUCACUAUAUCUGUGACAGGAUUCAUCAGAGUGAGUGAUUUUCAUGUCUUUCAAACAAAACUACGCUUCAGGGUUUUCAGUGUGAGGCUGUUUUUCUUGCUCUGGGGAGGAAACUUUUCUUACAUCUGAGUAUUUAGAGUCUGUUUGACGAAAAGCUGAAAACGAGAGAGGUUGUUGUCAAACAUAAAUGAUGGAUCGUGUCCGUCAUGCAUCAGUUUGACUCACUUAAUCUAAAAUCUGAGAAAAGGCUUAAAGGGAUAAUUCACUUUUUUUUUAAUUGAGGUCAUAUGAGCAACAUAUCAGUAGUCAGUGUAUUUUAGCCACAAUGGAUGCCAGUUGCUGCCCCUUUAAUGGGAAAACGACGGGGUCAAUUCUGCCAUGCCUGAGAGUUGCAUCUGCAAAAUAGUGCAGAACAAAUCAGCUUUAUAAAGUAAAGCGCCAAAAAAUUACAGCAUUUCUGAGAUGAGUGCUCGGUCGAGAAUCUCUCAAAAUUCUGUAAAUCACACAGAGGAGUAACAAAAGAUAUAUUCCAACAUUCUCUCCUUUUUUUUGCUUUCUUGUUGCAGGCAGGGACUUUUACUUGCUUUUAAAAUGUAUUAAACUACAUUUUUGCAGACUUACAUGCAAAAAAGGAGAUUUUUGUAUUCUUAUGUUACGAUAUUGUGGAUUUUUUUAGGGCUACUGGGAGGAAAACUAAACAUCAUGAUUAGUGACGAUGAGGGAAUCUAGCAUUUGUAAUAUUUGAGUGCUUAAUCAUGAACAAACUGUGCAGAUAAAAGUAAACUGUAUUUUACUACUUAAGUCAUGCUGCAAGAAUACAAAUCUCAAUUUAAAUAUUUCUAAAAUUUUUCAACCAGCACGUGGAAAAAUUUGAUCCCCCCCCCCCAAUGAAAAAUACUGAGGCCCUUCAUGUGCACAAGUGAUUCUUCUUAAAGGGAUAUUCCAGUGUAAAAUUAAGAUAGGGUCUAACAUGCCAUAACACCAAGUUAGACACCCCCUCAAGAGGCAUACAAGGGCGUACAAAGAUUGUGUAGCUAACCCGGGGGAUACGCCGUUUGAACCUUGCGUCACCACAGCGACUCUCAGCGACUCUCCCGCCGAAUGUUCAACGCUACUGUGCAAGUUGUGGUUUCAUGAAAUGAAGAAGAAACACAGAAUUACCGAGAGCUUUACGGCCUCGAAUCCAUAUACUGGCAGAGGGCAGAGUCAAGUUGUCCAUAGUAUAUACAGUCUAUGGACCAAACACAACUCACCCACUCUCCUCCAGCAGCCGCUUGUUUGUGGGGGAACCCCGAUAAGUCGAUCACCGAGUGCAGCGGAGUUUCGCAGCUCAAGGAAGAACAUUUAUGAUCAUUACUUCAUGGAAAUGAUCCGCUGCACUCUGUGAUUGACUCGUCAGGGCUCCCUCACAAACAAGCGGCUGCUGGAGGAGAGUAGGUGAGUUGUGUUUAGUCUCUUUGCCAAAGAAAUCAGGCAAAGUUAAAAAGAUGUUUGGUGGCUAGUGCUUUAGCUAGGACCCUAUAUGUCCUGUUGAUGAAGUUAGGUGCUGUUCUGAGCAUUAUUUGUGGCUACAGAGCGGCGUUUUGGUUGAGGUUUGCGCGUGUAGACCGCUGUGUAUUGCUAUCGUGUGGUUGUUACUAAUGCUGGUAUAACUAGAGAAGCAAGUAGUCGGAAACAUUCAUCUGUCGAGGGGGUGUCUCACUCGGUGUUACGGUGUGUUCGACCCUAACUAGAUUUUGCGCCGGAAUAUCCCUUUAAGGUCGAGCAUUUUGAUUUUGAAAGCUUGUUUAUCUCUUUUGAAAACGACUUAACUACUGAAUGAGGAAUUGUAUCUAAAAACUGAGGGUUACAGUUCAGUGCAGUGUACCAAAUAUACCAAAACAUCCAGGAUCAAAGCCUUUGGGCUGAUGGCAAAGACGCUUUGUACCAGGAAUAAUGACGGUAUUAAUUUUUCGACUAAAUAUCUUUGAAGGGAUUUUUUAGAAGAUGUAACAGGUUCUGCAUGACUGUGAGAACUUCUGGAGCCAAGAGGCAAAGUUACAGGAGUCUCUCGUCUGCAAAAGUGGUAAAAGUCGGCAUUAAACUUCUGAAUAUGUGGAGCCAAACAUUGACUUGUGUUAAAAUAAUGGGAGUCACAUGGGUCGGGUCUAUUUUCAAGCAACAGGAGCAUCUGAAAGUCACAUGAAAAAUAUAUUUUCGUGAGCAAUUAUCCAUUUAAGUGUGAAACACCAUCCUGGAGGCACACGGUGAUUCUGUAGAGGGACAUGCCUCCUUGUUUGUUCAGUCUUGUUUUUUCUUUUUGGGGAAAAGCCAGAUAAUGAAAAAUUCAGAAGAGUUUUUUUGUGAUAACCUCAGUCUUAAACACAACGGUUGGUCAUGAGCAUUAGUUCAGAAUUCCUCACAUUCAUGGACGGGUCAUCAGACGAUCCCCAGAGGCAUCAGAUGUUUCUUCUUGUCCAAACCUGCUCCUUCAGUCCUCUACAGUUUGUGCACACAGUGUUUACCCCACAGAGCAUUCAACACAAAUCUGAAUCAUUCUCAGUCAAAGUGAAUUUCGUGACUUUGAGGGUUACAUGAUCCCAUCGGAGGAGCUAAGGUAACAGCUCGGUGGUAACCCUGACAGAAAUCACUCAAAGCUCAGGUCUUUUGAAAGACCACACUCGGAGGUGGAGUGAAAACCGUGCCUUCAUUGAGCAGCAGAAACAUGUUGAAUCAAGUAUAAGGAGAUAACAGCGCAUACAUUUGGAUAUAUGAGCAUUCAUUGCGUCGCUCUUGGAGAUUUGGCAAAUGUACUUUGUGAUGAGUAAACAAAGGUGCAAAGGACUUUCAUUGUCUACAUCAGAGACUUUUUAAACUCUGAAACUCUGUCGACAUCGAUCUCUCACCGCUUCAUCGACGGUCCAAGAUUUCUGUGAAUCACCAAAUAAAAAAACCUUCCUGUUCCAGCUGUUUGCCUCAGUUUUGCUCCUCGAAUCGUUUCUUUGGUCAGGCUUGCCGUCAACACUGGGCUCAUGUGGCUCCUUGUGAUCUGGGGUGAUUACUGGUUUUCCAGAUCCAAUUUGGUAUUUCACAUAAAAACAGACCCAGGACCCACUGUUGUUCAGUGACAAUCAACGCUGUGUUUGAAGGUGCAGAGUGUUGCGUUGAGCAGAACAGGCUUAACUAUAAUUAAAUCUAACAUUUAUAAGUGUGUUGAGAUUAGUGCGUAAUUAUCUUAAUGUAUUUUGACUCCGUGUCCUUAAACGCAACCGUCACUCCUGAAAGUACUCCACCUGGAGGAGUGAACAAAGGAGCGUUUCAAUCUGAAAUCUGACAUGCGUUUCUGCACUCUCUUUAAUUCUAUUACCCACUGAUUGGACAAAGUAAAAUAUGCACCUGAGGGCUUUUAAAGACCUCGAACUUUAAAGGGAUAUUUCGGUCAAACACACCGUAACACCGAGUUGUACACCCCCUCGAGAGAUGAAUGUUGCCGACCGCUUGCUUCUCGAGUUAUACCAACUUUAGUAAAGACAGCACGAUAGCAAUACACAGCGGUCUAUGUCUCCACGUGCAAACCUCAACCAAAGCGCCACUCUAUAACCACAAAUAAUGCUCAGAACAGCACCAAACUUCAUCAACAGGACAUGUAGGGUCCCAGACAUAGUACUAGCUACCAAACAUCUUUUUAACUUUGACUCAUUUCUUCAGCAAAGAGACUAAACACAACUCACCUACUCUCCUCCAGCAGCUGCUUGUUUGUGGGGGGAGCGCUGACGAGUCGAUCACUAAGUUCAGCGAAUCAUUUCCUUGAAGUAAUAAUCAUCCUAUUUAUCAUUUUCCACUGCAGACGCGGUAGUUCUUCUGCCUUAGCGUCUCGGUCUGAUUGUAUUUCCAUGAAGAAAUGAUCAUAAAUGUUCUUCCUUGAGCUGCGAAACUCCGCUGCACUUUGUGAUUGACUUGUCAGGGCUCGCCUACAAACAAGCGGCUGCUGGAGGAGAGUGGAGAUGUGUAAAUGCCGCUUGCGUGCAUAGACCGCUGUGUAUUGCUGUCUUGCGGUCGUUACUAAAGUUGGUUUAACUAGAGAAACAAGUGGUCGGCAACAUUCACCUCUCGAGGGGGUGUCUAACUCUGUGUUACGGUGUGUUUGACCCUAAAUUAAUUUUACACCAGAAUAUCCCUUCAAGUUUGGACAUCUCCUGCGUUGUAAUCCAAGUUUGUUCUUCCCGUUUAUGUCACCUCCAGGUCUCAAAUCAGAGGAGAAUGGUUUUCUCCAUGACAGAGAAAGUUUGCCGUCCUAAAGUAACAUGUAGUUCAGGGUGAUGAGAUCACGCCCUUGGGUUGUGUUCGCCAUUUGGAAAUGUCUGUGUGUACACGGGAGUAGAGGGUGGAUCUACACGCUGUUCCUGUUGUUCUUUUGAAGUGCCGUAAAACAACAGGUGGCUUUACGUGACCACUUCUUGCUUUGUGAUUGAAAUCUUUAAGAUAAAAAAAAUCAGUGUCAUCUGUUUACAUUGGCGGAUCUGCUCGAGAUUUUAAUGCAUUGGCUCAACAAAUGCUGGAAUUAACUGAAGCAGGAGUUUUCAGUUUCGUUAAUUUCAUCUCUGACGACUUGUUCAUUUGUCGGGUAAAUGUUGCAGGAGAGGCUCGUUUUUGUAUCCUGCUGUCCUGGCUUUUUUUUAAGUGCCCUCCGACUGUUUUUUUUAUCCGCUCCGUGAAAAAAAGCGAAUCCCAGACUUUCCAGUUCCCUUUGUACGGGACGAGCACCUCAUCAAUUUUUUGUUUCUGCCUUUUCAAACUGAUUAAAAUGUCACCAAAAGAAGCCUCUGUUUCAAUUUCUGACCAGUUUCAUGCCGCUUUUCUUCAAAUACCAGUUUUUAUCGAGUCACGAAGAUGCAGAACAAGCAUGACCCCGCUGUCUGCCAAGUUAAAACGAGGUGGAUAAGCCGAUUUAAGAAAACUAACCUCUUUUUUAAAAUGAACAUUUAAGUUUCAAUCUGAUCAGCGUAAAUCCACGUAAAUGGAUGUCUUGCAGGUUUCAGUGUUGCAUCGUGAAGGUGCAGAACUUGAGCUCUAAAUGGCUUUAAACGCUGAGGUGUUGCAGAAAUGCAGCAGUAACACGUACAGUCUCUCAUUUACACCCUUCCUGCAGGGAUGAUCAUCGCUCACCUGCUGCGCUUCAUUCGUCUCUGUAAGAUGUCAGCAUCAUAAACUACAUCGAGGGCAGCAGGAGGGGAAAUGAAUUCGUCUUGACUUGAUGCAGUUUUCAUGGAAGUUCAGUUUACAAAGAGAUCCUUAUUCCUACAUUUGGGCUUGAUCAGCCUAUCGAAGGCAGAACAGCUGAAUGAAAACCCCAUGGUUGCAUUAGAGUCAGUAAGUGGUUUCUGACAUUGUCCGGAUGUUGUGAUUUGGUUUGUAAGCAGUUGGAUAGAUUGGAAGUAGGAGGACUGAAAAAAGUGCAGUCAGUCAGACCACUUCUGCUCCAACAGCUGUGAGCAGCUGUAACUCUGCGACCCCGGUGGUCAAACGUAGAGUGAUCUGACCGGUGCAUGUGUUUAUUUUGGAGGGGGGUGAAGGGAGCGCAACUUUUUAUUUUUUUUUAUCACAGCUGUUUGCAGGAUGCAUGGUGACGAGGUAAUGUAUUCAUAGACGUGCAGACGUAACUGUUUGUUUCUUCAGUCAGUUGCUGAUGUUUAUCUCUCCGCUGGUCGAGUCUUGUUAAUGCAUGGGAUGACGGUCCGAUAGAUUCUGCUUUGAUGACUAUCCUGCCACUCCCUGUGGAUCUUUGUCGAAGAAAAUGUUAAAACUACGACUAAUCGACUCUUGUCUUUGAGUGAUUCGGUUGGAAUUUGACCCAGCGGCUGUUCUGUUACGCAAAAUGUACAUUUUUCCUGCAUAUUGAAUUCUAGCGCUUAGGCUAGCUUUGAGACCGUGUGAAGUGAGGGUGCUGCUGGCUGCCGACUGUCUCUGCAUUCAAGUUAGAACGACUGGAUCCUCCAGCGAACUUUAAAAGCAGCUAAAAUAAAAAACUAAAAGGAAACUACUUUACAUAUAUUCUGGUUACAGGAUCUAUAAAGUCAUAUGCCGCAGUUUGGAGCAGCUCAGAACUUUUUUUUUCAUUAUCCUGCAUUUUUGAAUAUUGAAGAAGAAACAUGAUCUCACAUUGUGUCAUUCGGACUCGGAAAAUUUUGUCUGUUUUAUUUUUUUACUGCAAAGAUUCAAUUUUCAGCCUUUUUUGCAUCUGUCCCAGUGAGCUGUGAGCGGUUUCUGGAUAUGUGUGUGUGUGUGUCUCUGUGCUUCAGACAUGCUGUCCGCAUAAAUUGCUUUGCAGAAAUUGGUGGUAUUUUUAUCGUGUGGCCUCAGCGCUGCUAGUAGGGCAUGAAACCGAACCGCUGACUUCCUUGAAUCCACCUGGAAAUAUCUGUAAGCAUUCAUCAGCUCUCUUGUCUUUUUUAAAGGAGUUGGGUGGAUCUGUGGAUUUAGAGGGUUUGUUUUCUUUUUCAGUCAUCACCGGUUAUUGACUCUUUUUUUUGUACUGCGAAUUUUUGGAACGGAUAAAAAAAUGCAUCAGACUGUGCAAAGUUUCUGUGCGUGGAUACAGGAUGCAAAGUUCUUCACUGAAACAGAGUAUUUUUGUCACUUUAAAAUUAAAAAAAUGUCAAAGAUUCACAUUUUUUUCUCACUUGAGUAAAGUUGUUGUACAGUCAUAUUCAGAUUUGUCACUUUAGUUAACAUUUAGCAACAUUAUGCUGUUUUGGACCGGGAUUCCACACAUCACAGCCUCCUGCACGUCUGGUCAGAGCUCUGAUUUUUAUUAAAAUGUGGUGCUGAGAUGCCAAAAUAUAAAUAAAGUUUAACAGAGGCAGCUGACUGCUCACCAUAAACCAAAAAGACCACGGUUUUUUAGUCUCAUGAAAUAUUUGCUUUAUUCUUGAAAUAUGACUUUACAGCAACUUUAUUUUUGUCAUAUGAAUAGAACAGAAUAGAAUAUUUCUUUAUUGAUCAGCCAUGGGGGAAUUUUUUUUGCCACAGCAGCAUCACAGACAAAGAGAGUGCAAAAAUGCAGUUGUAAAAAUAAAGAUUGCAUAUUAAGAACUUAAAUGUUAUAAUAAAGAAAAAAUUUAGAAAAAGGAAAAAGGGAGCAGAAAAAUAAGAAAAAUAAAACUAUAUACAAUACACACAAUUUAAGUACCAGAAAAAAGUGGUGGUGUGAGUCCAGUUUUAUUACAGUUUGUUGUAAAGUCUUAUUGCAGAAGUGAGGAAUGACCUGCGGUGGUGCUCCGUAUAUGACCUAUAAAAGUGACAUUACAUCCUGAUUGUCUUGUGAUUAUAUUCCCUUGAGAAAAUCUUUUUGCAAAUCAUAAAAAAACACAGAAUUUAAAAAAAAAAAUCACAAUUUUGAUUUUUUUUCUUCUAGUGUGGCUUUAAUUCGACGUCUCAAUUUUUAGCACUGUAGAAAAAAGUCCAAAAAUUCUCAGGUUGGCUACGAGGAAAGUGAAGUCCUUUAACCUCAAGAACUGUCACUAAACUUUAGUGCAGAUACGAGCAUGAACUCUCAGCUAUGAAUCCGAUAUUGGUUGGAUGGUGCAGAAACUCAUUUUAACUCCUAAUAAAGAGGUUUUAAAAACUUCUCCUACUUGAUAAAACUGUGAAAGUUUGCAUGCAUUUUUACAGUAAUUAACUUUUUUAAUCACUUUUGGAUGCUGUUCAUUCUUUUGCAAAAAAUGAAGAACAAAUUUUGCUUUAGACAAGAAGUGACAUAAAAGUUUGCAGACUUUUGCUCUAAACUUUGCUCCCACACUCACCGUCAAGUAUCCUACUUAGUACUCAAGUACAAGUCUGCCUGUAUGUGUGUGUAUGUGUGUGUUUUGUGCAGUUUGCAGGGAGAGGACGAGCUUUGUGUGUUUGUGUGUCUGAGUCACUGAUGAUAAGGUGACAUUGCUGCUGAACAGAUGCCCCUCCGUCUCUCACCCCCUUCAUCUGACAGCUUUCAUCCAGCCGUGACACCGCUGAUGGGAACAAGUCACCUGUUUUUGUUCCCUGCUGCCGUCUGUUUGUCUAUUAUCCAUCACUUCUCUCUCUCCUCCUCCCUCCCUCUGAAAGACAGCCAGAGAACAUGUGUGUGCGUGUGAUUGCGGCAUCAAUAACGACUCGCCUGGAACAUAAAAACACACAUCACCACCUGCUUAUCUACAUAAAUACUAUAAUCUUCCUCAUCCGCAAAGAAGGACUGUAUGUUCUUUGACUUUGACUCAUAGAUUGUGUGCAUAUUUUACAAAAGGGGAAACUGAUGGUGUGUUAGCGUUUAAUAACAGAGACAUUAGAUGAUUUCAUGCUUUGGAUGAUUUAGUUAUUUAAAGUGAAAGUGCACAGAUUGAUCAAGAGGAACGGGAAUAAGUGAUCCUAUCCUGAUCAGUUAUGUGACUCAGAUUUAUGUGUUUUUAUUCAUAUCAAGACAUAAAAAAGCUGCAAAAAUAACUUUUUUUUUUUAACAAGAUGUCAAAUUCAGAGCUGUGCAAGUUACUUUUUUGUGCGGACAAGAUUUCAAAAUAAAAGCUUUGUAUGCAAAUAAUGGGAGUCUCUACAAAACAGAAGUAUGGAGCCUUUGCUUGUAGAAGCUUCUGUAAAUAUAUUUAAUUAUUGUGUAUUUUAAAGGUGGGGUAGUCAGGAUCUGAGGAAGUGCCAGUUUUUAGGAGAAAUCUUGAAUGUAAACUCUACCCCUCCCAACCAGUUUUCCCCUCAGCUCCUCCUCUCCCCUCCCUCUCUGCUCCAGCAAGCCCCGCCCAGAUAAUUACAAAUGGGGCCCAGUCAAGGUGAAAGUCAAAAGCAUUGGUGCUACUGUAGAUGCCAACAGACUACCAACAAACACAAUGUUUGCAGGACUUCUACAACGAGGAUAAAGUGACAUAGUCCAGGACCCGAGGGAGGACAGUUUAGCAACACUACGACACGCAGCAGGUCCCGUUUGACAGAAAGGUUACAGAGUUCAUAAGAUCCCGAAGCGUCCCCCAUCAUUGUUGACCCGGCUUUUAAGCUCUUGUCCGGUCUACCUCCGUUUUAAGCGCCCGUUAUUCCUCCAGAGUCUCCGGUAUUUAUUUCGUUUUCUUGCUUGUGUCGACAGUCGUGGCCAAAGGAGGAUUCAGACAAUUGUCUGAACUUUCUGGUUGGUUUCUACUGUCCGAUAUUGUAGCACACUAACUUUGUUUGGGCUCCUGAACGACACGGGGGAGCAGUGUCUGCCUCACAGCCAAUCAGGAUCGGGGAGGCAGGGAAUGGCUUUGUUUACAGUCAGAAAGAGCAGGCUGCUCAAAAAAUUUAAAAUGUUGACUAAACAGACAUAACAGAACACAGUGAUAUCAUUAUAUUUCUAAAUGUCAUCAAUAACUGAUAGCUAUUGACUGAUAUUAAAAGCUUUUUUGUAUAAACACCACAAAAAAGAUUUUUCCUGCAAAAUGAAGCAGUUCCAGGUUGACUAGGGUGACCAUAUGUCCUCUUUUACCCAUACAUGUCCCCUUUUUUGGGGGGCUGUCCGGGUUUGUCCAGGGAACUUUAUAAAAUCCUUCAAAUGUCUGCAGUUUUGUCAUAAGUUUUGAGUUUGUUUCACGUUGACUUACUGAAUUAGAAACACAUAAAAGACACUCAAUCCGACCCGGAAAAACUGUCAAAAUUGACUCUGUAACUCCGCCCCUGCUUAGUCGUGUCCUCUUUUUGGGAAGUCAGAAUAUGGUCGCCCUAAGGUUGACAUGCAGUUAACACACUUUCUGCAUGAAGCACCCGUGCUGUAUGGAAUCAGGGUUUACCAAAUUUAAAGUAAACUGCACUGAGCCAAACUGGACUCUGGGUUCUUAAAAGCGAACCUGUAAACACCGAGGUGCGUUUUGUCGUUCAAGAGUCCGACUCCUCCAUGCUGCCUAAGUGUAAAACUCUGCGAAUGAGCCUUUGUUUGUUAGAAGAUUAAAAUAAAGACGGUGAGUUUUCCUGAAAACUUUGGCGAUUGUAACACUCCCCCGAGGGCCUACGCUAACACCACUUCCUGGACCGUGCUGAUUCGAGAUGAGCGUGCGGCUCCGUAACAUCUGCAUUUAGCAAACACGAACGUUUCGUGAACGUUUGAUCUGAUGCUGCUCUCCCUGAUGAAGAGUGAAGGACCUUUUUUUUCUCGACAGGCUGGAGUGGAUUAAAAGGUGUUGAUUGAUCAGCUUGAAUAAACGCCAACAGUAAAUCUCCCAUUAAACACACAGAUGCAAACACUUGAGGUGAGCGUGCGCUGACGUGAUCACACCAAGAGGGGCGGUUCCUCUCGUAUUUCUGGAGUGUACUUGCUCUUGUUUUCACCUUAAAUGAGGUAACCGCAGCAGCAGACCUUCAGCGGCGUCAUACGUGUUCAUGUGUGGAAGCUCCGUUUAAUUUUGACAUUUCAAUUGCACAUGCCAUAACUCUGAAUUAUGGGUGCUUUAUGACCCUUUGGUAUGUUGUACAUGUAUCUGCAAGUUACAGUGCGUUCAUACCAAGCCACACACACACACACACACACACACACACACACAAUGUUGCUGCUGCUGUUAUUGACAUUGUGGUUCCCAAGUUCAAGCCAGAGGCUCCCACAAAACCCCAGAGACUUACAAACUUCCCUCCCCGGAUCAAACUGGAUAAAUCUCUCUCCGCAGAGUUGCAAGGAGCUUCAUUUUCUUUGAGUUUGUUUGGAUUUAUUUGAGUUUGUUAGUGAAGGACUUAAAGAUAAUGAGAUAAUGACGUUUUCAGGAGAUCACACCAAAUCUGAUCGUGAUCAUUGACUCAGAGUUUCUUUGUUCUCUCUAAGCCUGAGCUCCGGGUGCAGUUUUUGAAGUUGGUUUGAACCGAUUUGGCACAUAGUUGCAAAGGACUUUCGUGAUUCCUGUAAGAUUUAAGUCAUCACUGUUGCUCUUCAUGAAUUUCUUGGCCUUGAGAAGUUUCAUUUAAUAGUUUGAGAAUAGUUUGAAGAAGUUUCUAGUUCAGCGGUCUGUCAAAAAUAGGAGUAGAGGCUUUCAGUUCGAUCGAAACCAAAAUGACAGGGUCAUGUCACGGUGUCUGUUAAUUUCUUUGAUAUGAUGUGAAAUUUAAUUGUUCUAAAUGUGAAAAACAGAUGAAUAUACAAGGAUAAGGCUGAAAUUUGGUGAUUAAGAAUCUUUUAAAAUGUAUAUUUGAUUUUUUAACGUUGUGCAAAGAUGAAAUGUAAAAUGCUCAAAAUGAAAUUUUUUAUUGUUUUAUGAUAAAAUUUGCUCGAUUUAAAGUUUUGUUCCAUACUUAACCCUUUAAUGCCUGAAACCACAAAUUAUGGCCAGAAAAUUCAAAUUUUUUUGGAGCUGAAAAACAAAAAAAUCAAAAUGUUCUUAAAAUUUAACAAAUAUAUUUAUUUAUCUCGUUUGAUAUAUUAGAUGUUUUUGGAAACUGAUAAACCACAAGAGGAAGUUUUUAUCAUUCAUCAGACUGUAUUCAGGUAUUUUUUUAAAUAAUUUUUUGAUCAUAUUGAUUUGAUAGAAGUAUAUAAAAGUAUGAAAUAUGAUACAAAAGGCAUUAUAGAGAAUGUCCGUAUUACUCAGCAUUGACCUCAUUUCCUGACUCUUUUUUUGAACUCGGAUAACAAUGAGGAACUUUUUUUUCUGUAAUUGUUGAACAAGUUCAUUUUUACAAACCUGUUUGCCAAAGUAACACAGUCAAACACUCUCGUCUCCUGGUCCCAGAAACUUUGAAUUGAACUCAAUCCUGAAACAUUCAGUUGUGUAUCAUUUCAGGAGGUCGGAGUCGCAGGUGUCUCCUGCUAAAUGAUUCAGUGAUUUGGUGAACGAAUCUUUUGAAUGAAUCUUUUUAGUGAACUGAUUCUAGUGAUUCAGUACAUCUAACAGACAUGCCGUGCCCAACACUAUUGUGAAAUGAGUCACAAUUUUCAUGCAAUAGUUUUAAACCCCGACAUUGUAUAAGCUCGCUUUUUAGGACUUUAAUUUAAAUUAUUUGUAAACCCUGAAAAUCUGUUGAAUGACUCUUUGAAUUUGGUUGCAGUUGGAAAGUUAAUGUCAAAUUUUCUCUGUGUGUCUUUGUAGAUCUUACAGGUGAAUCUAGUGAUGUCCAUCCUGCUGUAUGUGAUGGUCCUCGUGUACCUCUAUGGUAUCCAGGCAACCACCAUGGACAGCAGUCAUCAGGGACAACAGCAGCCCAGUCCCGACCCCUUAAACUCCCUCAUCAUCCAGCUGCUUCAGGCCGACCUGACCAAAGGGAGGACCAGAGGGAACCAGAGCCAGCAGGGGAAGAGUCGGCACACUGAACCCCAGGAAACGUUGCCUCCUCUCCUCAGUGAAAACUUUCCUCCGGAGGAGCAGGGCGAUGCAGAUCAGUGGGGCACAGGAGCACGCAGCGGCGGGAGCAGCGAAGGCUGGGCGGACCAGCAGGUGAUGUUGUUGAGCUCGGACCUUCUCAGGCAGCACAAGCGCUACAACUCACCCCGGGUGCUGCUAAGUGACCGGCCUCCGCUGCAACCGCCGCCGCUCUACCUCGCGGACGAUUUUGUGGAGAGUAGCGCGACGGGGAACAAAACGAGAAAGAAGCGAUACGCUGAGCACAAGAGCUACCGGGGGGAAUACUCUGUGUGUGACAGCGAGAGCCAGUGGGUGACGGAUAAAACCCAAGCAGUGGACACCAGGGGGGACCAGGUUACUGUUCUGGCCAAAAUUAAAACCACUGCCACGCAGGACAUCAAACAGUACUUUUUCGAGACACGAUGUCGGACCCCCAGGCCGUUCAAAGGUGGCUGCAGGGGAAUUGACGACAAGAACUGGAACUCACAGUGCAAGACGACACAAACAUACGUCCGAGCGCUGACGCAGGUUCGAAACACAGUGGGCUGGAGGUGGAUACGCAUAGACACCUCCUGCGUCUGCGCAUUAUCGAGGAAACGUCACAGGACGUAAAUGUAAGCGUGCGCGCCCUGCUGAGGACUACCUGUUUGGAUUCUACUUCCGGUUCAGGAUUUAUUCCUCUGCUCCCACCACAGGAUUACAAGCCGCGGUGGUUUAGAGCAGCAGUCUGCUACAAACUGACACUUCUACUGAAGAAAGCGUGGGUCCGACGAAACGAUAUUUCACUUUAAUGUGCUGCGAAUCCACAGAGCGCUGCGGCACUGCUGAAAACAGAAAAACUUCUACAAAAGGGUCGGGGGAGGGAGGGAGGGAACGUGUGAGGGGGGAACUGUACAUAUAAAUUAUUUAAAUUAUAUGAAAUGCAUGUAGUUUAUACAUGUUUAUCUAUCUAUAUAUGAUGUAUGAAUAUAUUUGUGUUAUUUAUUGAAAGAAGUCUUCUUCUAAAGGAAAAAAACUGUCUAUAAAAAAGGAAUGAAACAAGCGAUAGACUUGUUUUGAGACUAUAACACAGAGCUGGGCUGCAAAGGUGCUUCACAGUAAGACUUUACAUGUGCCUUGACCAGAGCAGAGACAUAGGACUUGGUAACUCACACUCAGAAGUUGCUGCAAAUGUUGUAAGGGGUGAAACUUUUCGAUCUAAAAAGUGACAAAACUGAGGGGUCCAAUACGGAGCCCAUAUUAUUAGCAUUACCCCAUAACGAGACAGGCAUACCACGACCGAAAAACACAUACUUGUGAUUUUAUGACCAAACGUUAACAUUUAUACUGUGCUUCCAUGCUGUUAUGUUUGAACACACCAAAAAGAACUAUUUAUUCCUCUGGGAGACACUUUCUACUAAAAUGAAAAUAGAGAUAAUUCUCGUGGGAUCUGCUAGCACCGACUGACAGAGACUCAAGAAAAACCCAACUGUUCGGUUUCCUCGGACCAAGUUUUACUCUCAACUGUUAUCAUGAGCUGUUAUCGUUUCUUCCUGUCAAUAAAAAGUUAUAUUUCUUAAA